GGUAGGGGUGGAAGCCAGCUUGGCCAGUCUGCGACAUUUUAUUUCUCGUCUUAAUUUGUCUUCUUUGGACGGUGUCCAGCAUGACUUGACUCACCCGCGUGCAUUUCUCCCCUCUUUCGCCCACGUUCAUCCAGAUGUGUGUGAGUUAACAUCCGUUCAAUGUAUUAGAAGAAGGAGAAAGCGGCGGAUGACUCUAUCGACUUAGGAAGUUAUGUUAGGCGCCACAUCUCAGCGUAUAGGCUUCCUUGGUGAUACUUGCUUACACCAAUAAGUCGGAUACAUCGUAUAGGCUUCUAUCUAACUCGAUGCAAUGAUAAACUAAAUUAUACCAUCUGCAGACAUGUUCUUUUGGGAAAUGUUGUACCAAAUGUUGAUCAAAAAGGUACCCACCUUUUAUUGAUUGAUAUUCGAUUAUCACGGCUCUCCUCUUCAGAAUUUGUAUAAGACAAACGUAUUGAGUUAUUUAUUUUAAGAACGACAAAAAGGUAAGAUGUUUUGGAUACAUUUUUUAGUGUUAAAUGUUUUCAAUCUUCCUAUGGCCACUUUUUUCAUAAUUUGUAUGGUCUCUAUUCUAUGAGUGAACAAAUGGUCAUGUUAUGACAAAAAAUUGUUUUUUCUAAGAAAAUUGUUCACUUAAGAAGAGACAAAACCUUUUAGGUAAAACAUGUUUCAUAUCAUAAGCAUUUCAUUUCUUCAAUCGAAACAAAUUCAAUUUUAAUCCAUAUAUUGAAAAUUCAAUAUCAAUUGUUUUAGUUUAUAGGAAAUUGAUAUAUCCGUUUAAGAUAUAUGUGAUCGAAUUUUGGUGUCUGGAAAUUCUUCAGUGACAGAGCUAACGAACAGCCUUGAUUUAAAGUGAAGCUAAGGAACUUACCUGUUACAAGUGUCAACAGUUUCAUUACAUGUUGCCUCUUUAUACAAUCCAUCGAUUCAGCUAUCCAAUCACCCAUCUGCCGUUUCAUUGAUGAAAUUUGUGAUCACUAUGUUCCAUUUUUAGCAAUGGUUGAUAAUUAUUCAUGUAUUUGAUCAUAUAAAUGAUUGCAUAAACAAUGUUCAUACUUAGUUAAUGGUGCGCUGCAUAUUUUAUAAGAGUUUUUUCAUCUUAAAAUUGUUGUUUUUCUUAUGAGUCGUUUCGAUUAAAUGAGCGUGACGUAUACGAAGCCCAUGGAUUGAAUAACAUGGCAUAACAAUAUGACCUUGGAAGCAUUGAGUUGGUACAAAACACAUUAUGGAUUGAAGAACAUGGCAUAACAAUAACACAUUGGGAGCAUUAAGUUGGUACAAAGCCCAUGGGUUGAAUAACAUUGCAUAACAAUAUUAUAUUGGGAGCUUGAGUUGGUACAAAGCACAUGGAUUGAAUAACAUGGCAUAACAAUAUCAUAUUAAGAGCAUUGAGUUGGUACAAAGCCCGUGGAUUGAAUAACAUGGCAUAACAAUAACAUAUUGGGAGCAUUGAGUUUGUACAAAGCCCAUGGAUUGAAUAACAUGGCUUAACAAUAUGACCUUGGGAGCAUUGAGUUGGUACAAAGCCCAUGGAUUGAAUAACAUGGCAUAAUAAUAACACAUUGGGAGCAUUGAGUUGGUAAAAAGCCCAUGGAUUGAAUAACAGGGCAUAACACUAUCACCUUGGGAACAUUGAGUUGGUACAAAGCCAUUGGAUUGAAUAACAUGACAUAACACUAUCACCUUGGGAGCAUUGAGUUGGUACAAAGCCAAUGGAUUGAAUAACAUGACAUAACACUAUCACCUUGGGAACAUUGAGUUGGUACAAAACCCAUGGAUUGAAUAACAUGACAUAACACAAUUACCUUGGGAACAUUGAGUUGGUACAAAGCCAAUGGAUUGAAUAACAUGACAUAACACUAUCACCUUGGGAACAUUGAGUUGGUACAAAACCCAUGGAUUGAAUAACAUGACAUAACACUAUCACCUUGGGAACAUUGAGUUGGUACAAAGCCAAUGGAUUGAAUAACAUGGCAUAACACUAUCACCUUGGGAACAUUGAGUUGGUACAAAAUCCAUGGAUUGAAUAACAUGACAUAACACUAUCACCUUGGGAACAUUGAGUUGGUACAAAACCCAUGGAUUGAAUAACAUGGCAUAACACUAUCACCUUGGGAACAUUGAGUUGGUCGAUGAGAUUGACCGGGAUUUAUGGCAACUCAAAAUUAGUUUAUUUAGUGAUAAGGUGAGGGGAGACAUUGGUGGGAAGGGGAGAGUAAUUGUCAUAUAGUAAAGAACAUUUGAUGAUGCCAGCCGGAAAAUGACAUUUAAAUUGAGAACAAGUCAUUGUACAAGUUCAAUAAAAAUCAAUGUUGGACUCUAGAAACUGAUAUUUCCGUAGCCAUUUCCAUUAUAAUUGGUUGUAAGUAAUUAAAAGCAUUUUUACAAAUAUUUAUUCUGGUGAUUUUUUGCUCUUUAAAGCACACAUUGGUAUGUGUACAAUAUAUAAGAAACCAACGUUUCAAUCUAAAAUGAUAUGUUCUUCCUAUGCACAAUGUUAUGAUUGUGUAUACUUUAACUGCGUUUAACACAUUAACCUGUUUAAGUUUCUUUGUUAGAUCAUUUUAUUUUUAUUUAAAGAGGGUCAUUAUUCUCUCUCCCCCCCCCUACUACGAUGGGGGAUCACUGUAUGUGAUAUGUGGGUUAGAGACACACCGAAUUUCGGCUUCGGUUUUGGCUCCGAAAGUUGCCAUUUGAUUACUUUCGCCUAGUUUCAGUUUCUCUGGAAACUGAAAAGUUAACUUUUGGUUUAAUUUCGGUUGCGGCCAAAAGUGAUUCAGACUUUCGGACAUAUCACCGAAAGUGACUGAGGUUUUCGGUCAUCUACCAGAAGUCAGACUGUCUGUCUGCCGGCAAUCCGAUAUUCAUUGUUGCUCGACGUCUUGCUGUCAUCGUAUGUUAUAUGAUUAAUACUCUGCGAAUAUCGUUCACAGCUGUUUGAUGACUUAACUUGUCUUAUAUUUCCAUAAAAUUAAAAUUUCAAGUAGGCCUAGGCAAAUUUAAACAGUUUUGUGGAAGAAAAACUAAUGGAAUGGUAAUAUUUCAUAUCAUUAUUUUUGUUUUCAUUUUUUUUCGAAAAAUAAAAAGUUAGAACCCUAGUUUAUUCAAUUCCUUCAUUUGUGAUAUUCAUUUUGAUUUAUCAUUAUCAUGCUCAUCAAUGUUGUCAUAGGCAAAGAUGAAUAAUAGUGAAUAAUUCAAGGAAUUGGGAAUAUUUCCAUUAUUAUUUUUAUUAUUAUUUUUUUUAAUCAAGGAAACUUUUCAAUUAAUUAAUUUCUUGAAAUUCAUCAUAAUCGUGCCCAUAAAUAUUGUUAUUUACGAAAUAACAUGAGUGUUCAUGUAUCACGGGUCCUUAUUAUAAUUAUGUAGUAGGCCUACUGCACACAUAUAUUUUGCGAAUCUCCGACGAGUAUUAGUAUGGCGAUAACCACGAAACAAUGGAAUGAUAUUUUUAUAGCCUUAAUAAAUUAUAUUGAGGUGACUAUUGACUCUAUUAGAACCAAAAUAAUUAUUGUAGGUAGUAUCAGAUAUAAGUUCUAGUUUGUAAAUAUAGUAUAAAAGCAAAGGACACUCAAGGGUCUAUUUUUUAUAAAUUUUGCCACUCUCCCUCCCCCCUCCGAGCCAAAUUCUCUCUUACCAUACUACUUUAAAAAAAAAAAAACAUUUUUAAGAAAUUUAAAUUACUUUUAAAUUAAAAUGGCAAAAGUCAAAGUAUUCAUUAGAUUUUUAUUUAUUAAUAUUCACGAUGAUCUCAUUUUGUAUAAAAAAGAAUGUAACUAUUGAUACUUUACCCCAUCGAUGAAGGUAGAAUGUAUGCAUAAACAAUUUCAAAAUAUAUAAAUAUUUUGGUUUCGGCUUCGGUUUCUGACGAAAGUCUCUCUAAUCUUUUGGUUUUGGCUUCGGUUUCGGCCGAAAGUCACUUUAAGCUUUUUUUUUUCCGCUUCAGUUUCAGCCGAAAUUCGUUUUUAACUUUCGGCAUAAUUUUGGCUUAGGCUGAAAUCAGAAAAUCACUUUCGGUCACUCUCUAAUGUCGGUGUAUGCAUUUUUUUAUAUUUCUAUAAGAGUUGAUAUGCAUGACUUUAAACUGGUGGACCACGUAGAAACAAAAACUGUAUUCAUUAUCAUCGUUUAAGCAUAAGUUGGAGAGAUUAGAACAAUUAUGAAAUUGAUCUUUUAAAUCCAACAAAAGUAUUUUAAUUUGUUUUAAAUUAGCCCAUUUCUUAUCACUACUUCUGUCACUGUUGGGUGUAAUCGUAACAUUAUACGAUAGACGUAAUGAGUUUUAUUAGCAACUAUUUGUAGUUAUAAGUUUUAAAGACUAUAUAUUUUUUACCAUGGUAACAAAAAGGUUGUUGUGUUUUUUAACAUCUUAUAUCUGAUCUGUGGGAAGACCUUAACGUCAAACUGGAUGUCUCUUUUUGUGUAGUUGAUGGUGUCCCAAACAGUCAGGGCUCUUGAAAGUGUAAUGAAUGUGAUGCAUGGUCUAUAUUGUGGUGUAAAGUUUCUUGCAGUAGCUCUAUGCUAUUGUACAUGUUUUGUGUGCCGGAGUGGGGGAUCUCUACUAUUUUGGAUCCUUCAUAAGUUGAUUGGUAUGAUAUUUAAAAGUGUGUUUGUGUUCGUACCAGUGGUUGAUUUUUUGUCAAUCAGCCCUUAUUGAUAGACAAGGCGACGCUCGAGCUCGGUUUUAUUUCCUUUUGUUUUCAUCCCCAUGGUUUUACUUGUUUUGCUGUGGCAUUCCUUCCCACUAAGAACCAAAAGCUGACACCCCAAGUCUCCACACUGGGAGUCCGCGUUCGCCAGACGGAUGUCUUCAAUGUUGGUUCCAUCCUAAUUCCUAUCGCCCGGCAGGACUCACAAUUCCCCCCCCCCCCCCCCAUUCCCUGUCACCUUUUUCUCCCGGCAUUCCAUUUUUCAUUGUUGCUUUCGGUAAUUUUAGUAUUAACCAGUGGAUGUCCUUUGUGAUCUAUGUCUGUGCGAGAACUUUCGUGAGCUUGGGGAACAGGCAAGGUUGACCAGAUCUUUCCGCCACAAUAUUGCGGUAUGUUCCACAUCACGAUUGGUCAAUCAUACAUAUCCAUGAGGAUUCAAAUUCUGAGUCAACCUCAGGGGAACCAUUGAAUGAAGAAAGAUAGAGAGUUAAAGAUUCUGCUGAGAAGAAACAAAGCUUAAACUAUCAACUUUGAAUCUGAUUUUUAAACCUAAAAAUUACAAGCGGCCUCCAGAAUGCACGCAACUGCGCGUAUAGCUUCAAAUCAAAACUUUAAACUCAAUUCUAAUAACGUAGUCUCUAAAUUCUAACAGUUACCGUCAAGGUCCUUGUGAAGAGUUUGUGUUGAGUUCAUAUGAAACCCUAGCAAUUUUAUUCAACGAAAAAUCUCUUUCAUUAAAACAAAAACAAAAAUAGUACAAAGAAUCAUACCGAUUUAAACAAAAGCAGGUCGUUAGCUUCUAACGUUACUAAAACAAUCAAUAAACCGUCCAUUACUAAGUUUGCAAGCUUUGCUUUCUAGACGACAAAUUUUCAAAAAUUGGCUUUUUUCAGACAUGUUGGCAUUUAAUAAUUAUUUGGGCUCUUUCUUGGAUUGAAAAAAAAAAUCGUUAUCUGGAAAAAGUACAAACGGGCAAUUAUACGUUUGUUGUGAACUUAAAAAGUAACUUUUCGUGUAUGAAGUCAGUUGUCACCUCAGCUUAGCCAUGCAUGGGAAUUGCAAAGAGUUUCAGGCGAUUAUUGAAGCCAUCCGAAAUUGUCAUUGCCAGUAAUACGAUGAAUAUGCUAACGUUAGGCUAGAUGUAGUGAGCUUGUCUGUCGUGUUGCUUGACUGGUUGGGUUCAAUGGUUAGGCUGGAUGUAGUGAGCUUGUCUAUCUUUUUGCUUGACUGGUUAGGCUGAAUGUAGUGAACUUGUCUGUCUUGUGGCUUGACUGGUUAAGCUGAAUUUAGUGAACUUGUCUGUCUUGUGGCUUGACUGGUUAGGCUGGAUGUAGUGAGCUUGUCUGUCUUAUGGCUUGACAGGUUAGACUGGAUGUAGUGAACUUGUCUGUCUUGUUGCUUGACUGGUUAGGCGAGAUGCAGUGAACUUGUCUGUCUUGUGGCUUGACUGGUUAGGAUGGAUGCAGUGAGCUUGUCUGUCUUGUGGCUUGACUGGUUAGGCUGGAUGUAGUGAGCUUGUCAGUCUUGUGGCUUGACUGGUUAGGCUGGAUGCAGUGAACUUGUCUGUCUUGUUGCUUGACUGGUUAGGCUGCAUGUAGUGAACAUGUCUGUCUUGUGGCUUGACUGGUUAGGCUGGAUGUUAUGAGUAGAGACCGAUCGAAUUUCUGCUUCGGCUUCGGUUUCGGCUCCGAAAGUGUCCAUUUUAUCACUUUCGGCCAAGUUUCGGUUUCGGCCGAAACUGAAAAGUUAACGUUCGGCUUAAUUUCGGUUUCGGCCGAAAGAGAAAAGUUAACUUUCGGUUUUUCUUCGGUUUCGGCCGAAAUUGACUUAGACUUUCGGCCAUCUGGCCGAAAGUGACUAAGGUUUUCGGCCAUUUUAAUACUCAGCGAAAUCGAUAUUUAACAACAAACUAAGAGACAUUUAAGAACAAACUAAACAAUCUUUAAAACAAACUAAGCGAUCUUUAAGAACAAUCUAAAGGAUCUUUAAUAACAUUUAGACGAUCUAAUAUUACAAACUAAACGAUUUUUAAGACCGAACUAAAUGAUCUUUAAGAACAAAACAAAUGACAUUUAAUAGUAAACUAAAUGAAUUAUAAGAAUAAAUUAAGCGAUCUUUAACAGAAAACUAAAUGUUCUUUAGGAACAAACUAAAAGAUCUUUAACAACAAACUAAACGAUCUUUAACAACAAACUAAACGAUAUUUAUGAACAAAAUAAAAGAUCUUAAACAACAAACUAAGCGAUCUUUAACAACAAACUAAACAAUCUUUAACAACCAACUAAGCGAUCUUUAAGAACAAACUAAACGAUCUUGAACAACAAACUAAACGAUCUUUAAUAACAAACUAAACAAUAUUGAACAACAAGCUAAACGAUCUUUAACCACAAACUAAACGACCUUUAACAACAAACUAAGUGAUCUUUUAGAACAAAUUAAGAGAUCUUUAAGAACAAACUAAACGAUCUUUAACAACAAACUAAGCGAUCUUUAAAAACAAACUAAACGAUCUUUAACAACAAACUAAACGAUCUUUAACAACAAACUAACCGAUCUUUAACAAAAAACUAAACGAUCUGUAACAACAAACUAAGCGAUCUUUAAGAACAAAUUAACCGAUCAAUAACAACUAACUAAGUGAUCUGUAAAAACAAAUUAAGCGAUCUUUUAGAACCACAUUUUUUAGAGACCCUGUUUAAAAAAAUUGUAUUUUGCCAUAAUUUCCCCUCCUCCUCCCCCCCCCCACCACAAUUUUUGCCAAAUUUUUUCCUACCAUUCUAAUUUUAAAAAUUGUAAAGCAAUUUAAAUUAAUUUUAUAUUAAAAUGAUAAAAUCCAAAGUAUUCAUUAGAUCAAGAGUCUCAAACUCAAAUCAUGGGGGGAGGGGGUGGGGCAAAGGAGGUUGUGUCUGAAUGAGAGUGGGCCGCAUCAAGUAAUCCACAAAAUAACGAUUACAAUCUGCUCAACCUUUAUAAAUAACUAUAAAAUCAUUAAGAGGGUCCCAAGUACUACACACUGUUGCCAGAGACCUGGCCUACAAAAAUAUAUAGAAACACUUAAAAAAGAAAAAAAAUCAGAAUUACUAUUAGACUAGUCGGUAAGAUUAGACUGAAACCGUCGCGGAGAGUCACGUUAUAGACAUGAGUAUAGGGGAAACGGGCCGGCGCAUUUAAAAUAAAAUUUUCUGUCAUGUAGUGGGCCAAAAAAUAUCGUCUUGCAGGUCACAAAUGGCUCGCGGGCCGCGAGUAUGAGACCCCUAUUUAGAUGUUUAUUUAUAAAUAUUCCCGAUUAUCUCAUUUUUUAUAAAAAGAAUGUAAAUAUUUAUACUUUCCCACAUCAUUUUCGAUGUAUGUAUGCAGAAUGUAUGCGGGAACGAAUUUCAAAAUACCUUAAUAUUUCAUUUUCGGUUUCGGCUUCGGCUUCAGUUUCGGCCCAAAUUAAUUUUUAACUUUCGGCCUUUUUUCAGUUUCGGUCGAAAGUCAUUUUAAACUUUCGGCCUAUUUUCGGCUUCGGCCGAAAUCAAAAAAUCACUUUCGGUCGGUCUCUAGUUAUGAGCUUGUCUGUAUUUUGGCUUGACUGGUUAGGCUGGAUGUAGUGAGCUUGUCUGUCUUGUGGCUUGAUUGGUUAGGAUAGAUGCAGUGAACUUGUCAGUCUUGUGGCUUGACUGGUUAGGCUGGAUGCCAUGUAAUUGUCUGUCUUGUGGCUUGACUGGUUAAGCUAAAUUUAGUGAACGUGUCUGUCUUGUGGCUUGACUGGUUAGGCUGGAUAUAGUGAGCUUGUCUGUCUUGUGGCUUGACUGGUUAGGCUGGAUGCAGUGAGCUUGUCAGUCUUGUGGCUUGACUGGUUAGGCUGGAUGUAGUGAUCUUGUCUGUCUUGUGCCUUUACUGGUUAGGCUUGAUGUAGUGAGCCUUUCUGUCUUGUGGCUUGACUAGUUAGUCUGGAUAUAGUAAACUGGUCUGUCUUGUGUCUUGACUGGUUAGGCUGGAUGUAGUCAGCUUGUCAGUCUUGUGGCUUGACAGUUUAGGCUAAACGUAGUGAAAGUGUCUGUCUUCUUGCUUGACUGGUUAGACUGUAUGUAGUGAGCUUGUCAGUCUUGUGGCUUGACUGGUUAGGCUGGAUGCAGUUUACUUGUCUGUCUUGUGGCUCUACUGGUAAGGCUGGAUGUAGUGAGCUUGUCUGUCUUGUGUCUUGAGUUGUUAGGCUGGAUGUAGUGAGCUUGUCUGUCUUGUGUCUUGACUUGUUAGGCUGGAUGUAGUGAGCUUGUCUGUCUUGUGGCUUGACUGGUAUGCUGGAUGCAGUGAACUUGUCUGUCUUGUGGCUUGACUAGUUAGGCUGGAUAUAGUGAAAUGGUCUGUCUUGUGUCUUAACUGAUUACGCUGGAUGUAGGGAGCUUGUCAGUCUUGUGGAUUGACUGGUUAGGCUGGAUAUAGUGAACUGGUCUGUCUUGUGGCGUGACUGGUCAUGCUGGAUGUAGUGAGCUUGUCAGUCUUGUGGCUUGAAUGGUUAGGUUGGAUGCAGUUUACUUGUCUAUCUUAUGGCUUGACUCGUUAGGUUGGAUGUAGUGAACUUGUCUGUCUUGUGGCUUGAAUGGUUAGGCUGAAUGUAGUGAACUUUUCUGUCUUGUGGCUUGAAUGGCUAUACUGGAUUAGUGAGCUUGUCUGUCUUGUGGCUUGACUGGUGAGGCUGGAUGUAGUGAGCUUGUUUUUCUUGUGACUUGACUGAUUAGGCUGGAUUUAGUGAACUUAUCUGUCUUGUGUCUUGACUUGUUAAUUAACAUGCAUUGAACUUGUUUGUCUUGUGGCUUGAUUGGUUAGGCUGGAUGCAGUUUACUUGUCUGUCUUGUGGCUUGACUGGUUAGGCUAGAUGCAGUGAGCUUGUCUGUCUUGUGUCUUGACUGCUUAGGCUGGAAGUAGUGAGCUUGUCUGUCUUGUGGCUUGACUGGUAGGCUGGAUGCAGUGAACUUGUCUGUCUUGUUUCUUGACUAGUUAGGCUGGAUAUAGUGAACUGGUCUGUCUUGUGUCUUAACUGGUUAGCCUGGAUGUAGUGAGCUUGUCAGUGUUGUGGCUUGACUGGUUAGGAUGGAUAUAGUGAACAGGUCUGUCUUGUUGCGUGACUGGUCAUGCUGGAUGUAGUGAGCUUGUCAGUCUUGUGGCUUGAUUGGUUAGGCUGGAUGCAGUUUUCUUGUCUGUCUUAUGACUUGACUCAUUAGGCUAUAUGUAGUGAACUUGUCUGUCUUGUGGCUUGAAUGGUUAGGCUGAAUGUAGUGAGCUUGUCUGUCUUGUGGCUUGACUGGUAGGCUGGAUGCAGUGAACUUGUCAGUCUUGUUGCUUGAUUGGUUAGGCUGGAUGCAGUUUACUUGUCUGUCUUGUGGCUUGACUGGUUAGGCUGGAUGUAGUGAGCUUGUCAGUCUUGUGGCUUGAUUGGUUAGGCUGAAUGCAAAGUGCUUGUCUGUCGUGUGGCUUGACUGGUUAGGCUGGAUGUAGUGAACUUUUCUGUCUUGUUGCUUGACUGGUUAGUCUGGAUGUAGUGAACUUGUUUGUCUUAUGGCUUGUCUGGUUGGGCUGGAGGCAGUGAGCUGGUCUGUAUUUUGGCUUGAAUGAUCAUGCUGGAUGUAGUGGGCUUGUCAUUCUUGUGGCUUGACUGGUUAGGCUGGAUGCAGUGUACUUGUCUGUCUUGUGGCUUGACUGGGUAGGCUGGAUGUAGUGAGCUUGUCUGUCGAGUGUCUUGAUUGUUUAGGCUGGAUGUAGUGAGCUUGUCUGUCUUGUGGCUUGACUGGUUAGGCUGAAUGAAGUGAACUUGUCUGUCUUGUGGCUUAAUUGUUGGGCUGGAUGUAGUGAGCUUGUCUGUCUUGUGGCUUGACUGUAUAGGCUGGAUAUAGUGAACUUGACCGUCUUGUUGCUUGACUGGUUAGGCUGGAUGCAGAGGACUUGUCUGUCUUGUGGCUUGACUGGUUAGCCUAAUGCAGUGAACUUGUUUGUCUUGUGGCUUGACUGGUUAGGCUAGAUGCAGUGAACUUGGCUGUCUUGUGGCUUGACUGGUUUGGCUGGAUAUAGUGAACUUGUCUGUCUUGUGGCUUGACUGGUUAGGCUGGAUGCAAAGUACUUGUCUGUCUUGUGGCUUGACUGGUUAGUCUGGAUGUAGUGAGAUUUUCUGUCUUGUGGCUUGACUGUUUAGGCUGGAUGUAGUGAACUUGUCUGUCUUAAGGCUUGUCUGGUUAGGCUAGAUGAAGUGAACAAUUCUGUAUUUUGGCUUGAAUGGUCAUGCUGGAUGUAGUGAGCUUUUCAUUCUUAUGGCUUGACUGGUUAGGCUGGAUGUAGUGAACUUAUCCGUCUUGUGGCUUGACUGGUUAGGCUGUUGGUAGUGAACUUGUCUGUCUUAUGGUUUGUCUGGUUAGGCUAGAUUCUUUGAACUGGUCUGUAUUUUGGCUUGAAUGGUCAUGCUGGAUGUAGUGAGCUUGUCAUUCUUGUGGCUUGACUGGUUAGGCUGGAUGCAGUGUACUUGUCUGUCUUGUGGAUUGACUGGUUAGGCUAGAUAUAGUGAACUUGAUUGUUUUGUUGCUUGACUGGUUAGGCUGGAUGCAGAGGACAUGCCUGUCUUGUGGCUUGACUGCUUAGCCUAAUGAUGUGAACUUGUUUGUCUUGUGGCUUGACUGGUUAGGCUAGAUGCAGUGAACCUUGCUGUCUUGUGGCUUGAGUGAUUAAGCUGGAUGUAGUGAGCUUGUCUGUCUUGUGGCUUGAAUGGUGAGGCUUGAUUUAGUGAGCUUGUCUUCUUGUGGCUUGACUGGUUAGUCUAGAUGCAGUGAACUUGUCUGUCUUGUCGUUUGACUGGUUUGGCUAGAUGCAGUGAACUUGUCUGUCUUGUGGCUUGACUGGUUAGGCUAAAUGUAGUCAACAUGUCUGUCUUGUGGCUUGACUGGUUAGACUGGAUAUAGUGAGCUUGUCUGUCUGGUGGCUUGACUGGUUAGGCUGAAUAAAGUGAUCUUGUCUGUCUUGUUGCUUGAAUAGUUUGGCUGGAUGUAGUGAACUUGUCUGUCUUGUCGCUUGACUGGUUUGGCUGGACAUAGUGAACAUGACUGUCGUGUUUCUUGACUGGUUAGGCUGGAUGCAGUGAACGUGUUUGUCUUGUGGCUUGACUGGUUAGGCUAGAUGCAGUGAAUUUUGGCUGUCAUGUGGCUUGACUCGUUUGGCUGGAUGUAUUGAACUUGUCUGUAUUGUUGCUUGACAUGUUAGGCUAAAUGUAGUGAACGUGUCUGUCUUGUGGCUUGACUGGUUAGACUGGAUGUAGUGAGCUGGUCUGUCUUGUGGCUUGAACGGUUAGGCUGGAUGUAGUGAGCUUGUCAGGCUUGUGGCUUGAUUGGUUAGGCUGGAUGCAAAGUACGUGUCUGUCUUGUGGCUUGACUGGUUAGGCUGGGUGUAGUGAGAUUGUCUGUCUUAAGACUUGUCUGGUUAGGCUAGAUGCAGUGAACUGGUCUAUAUUUUGGCUUGAAUGGUCAUGCUGGAUGUAGUGAGCUUGUCAUUCUUGUGGCUUGACUCGUUAGGCUGGAUGUAGUGAACUUUUCUUUCUUGUGGCUUGACUGGUUAGGCUGGAUGUAGUGAACUUAUUUGUCUUAUGGCUUGUCUGGUUAGGCUAGAUGCAGUGAACUGGUCUGUAUUUUGGCUUGAAUGGUCAUGCUGGAUGUAGUGAGCUUGUCAUUAUUGUGGCUUGACUGGUUAGGCUGGAUGCAGUGUACUUGUCUGUCUCGUGGCUUGACUGUGUAGGGUGCAUGUAGUGAGCUUGUCUGUCUUGUGUCUUGACUGGUUAGUCUGGAUGUAGUGAGCUUGUCUGUCUUGUGGCUUGACUGGUUAGGCUGAAUGAAGUGAACUUUUCUGUCUUGUGGGUUUAAUGGUUGGGCAUGAUGUAGUGAACGUGUCUGUCUUGUGGCUUGACUGGUUAGGCUGGAUAUAGUGAACUUGACUGUCUUGUUGCUUGACUGGUUAGGCUGGAUGCAGAGGAUUUGUCUAUCUUGUGGCUUGACUGGUUAGCCUAAUGCAUUGAACUUGUUUGUCUUGUGGCUUGACUGGGGUGGCUAGAUGCAGUGAACUUGGCUGUCUUGUGGCUUGAAUGGUUUGGUUGGAUGUAGUGAACUUGUCUGUCUUGUUGCUUGACUGGUUAGACUGGAUGUAGUGAGAUUGUCUGUCUUGUGUCUUGACUGGUUAAGCUAGAUGCAGUGAACUUGUCUGUCUUGUUUCUUGACUGGUCAGGCUGGAUGUAGUGACUUUGUCUGUCUGGUAGCCCAACUCGUUAGGCUAGAUGAAAUGAUUUUGUAUGUCUUUUUGCUUGACUGGUUAGGCUGGAUGCAGUGUACUUGUCUCUCUUGUGGCUUGACUGGUUAGGCUGGAUGUAGUGAGCUUGUCUGUCUCGUGGCUUGACUGGUUAGGCUGGAUGUAGUGAGCUUGUCUGUCUCGUGGCUUGACUGGUUAGGUUGGAUGCAAUGCGCUUGCCUGUCAUGUGGCUUUACUGAUUAGGCUGGAUGCAAUGCGCUUGUCUGUCAUGUUGCUUGAGGGGUUAGGCUGGAUGCAAUGAGCUUGCCUGAGAUUUGGCUUGAUGGGUUAGGCUGGAUGCAGUGCGCUUGCCAGUCAUGUGGCUUGAGGGGUUAGGCUGAAAGCAAUGCGCUAGCCUGUCAUGUGGCUUGAGGGGUUGGGACAAAAUAAAUUGCUACAUAAUUUCUAGGCCUAUUCCCAGUACAUGAAGGCACUGAGGAAAUCUUUUUCAAUUUGAUUAGUGAGGAAAUCAGAAAAUGUUACCAAAGUUCAUCGGUUUUGCAUCGGAUGGAGCUUCAAAUUUUAUCAUUUGUAACAAUUGUGUAUGGUCUAGAAUGAAAGAAAUAUCUCCUGCACUAACAUAUAUCUGCCAUUCGCAUGAUACAUGUUGGUCUUAGAUAGGAUGACCUAAAUAGUCCAUAAUAGGCCUAUUCCCAGUACAUGAAGGCACUGAGGAAAUCUUUUUCAAUUUGAUUAGUGAGGAAAUCAGAAAAUGUUACCAAAGUUCAUCGGUUUUGCAUCGGAUGGAGCUUCAAAUUUUAUCAUUUGUAACAAUUGUGUAUGGUCUAGAAUGAAAGAAAUAUCUCCUGCACUAACAUAUAUCUGCCAUUCGCUUGCACUGUACUUUCAAAAUACCCAAGUUACCAAUCAAGAUUGGAUUUUUGUUAUCAGAUAUACCAUAUUGAUUUCGCUAUAUUGAUUUUAGGCGAGACGCAUAUAGAAAUUUUCUUAGAAUUAUGAAUUUGAUUCCGAGCAAGCUUGAUCUGGCCCUCUACCUUUUCAAAAGCCUUCAUCUACUAGGGGACUUGUGCGAAGAAAAAUUAAGUUCAAUAUGUUGAUGAAUUGAGAUCUGUAGAAUCAUAGACCCUGUCUGAUGUAAUCUGUAGUACCAUAAACUCUGUCUGACGCAAAUUCAUCAAGCAUUCUUGAUCGCACGAUAACGUUUUCCAUCAUUUAUUUGCUAGUUAAAGUUCAACCCUGGCUCUCACUACAGCGUCUAGACGUUUUGUUUCUUGCUUUGGUUUUAGCAAUUGAUACAAGAGAAUUAUUUUCUAAACUACUGCUUUACUAACUGUAGUUGUUAGACAUGUAAGCGCGAAGAUGGUGGCGAGUUCUUUAAACUAUUCAUGCUGGAGCAUAAUAGUUACAAACUUUUCACUAUCUUGGGGGUGCCCAUCUUUCUCAAACAUCGCUGCUUAGUUCUAAUAAGUUUGAAACCAAAAUCCCCAUAAUAAAUAUCUAUUCUCAACUAUGCCUCAGACAAUGUGUAUGGUAAUAUAGAUCACAUCAGACAAUCUAUAUGGUACUAAAAAUUACAUCAGAAAAAAUAAAUGGUACUACAGAUUAAAGUCUUGGAAAUAUUAUGAUCUGGAGUUGUUGUCGUGAAAUUAAAUGUACCGCGCUAUAUAAGACCCCUUAUUAUUAUUAUUAUUAUCAUUAUUCAUGUAUCCUCUUUUUAGUACGACCGUACGAAGAGAUAGUAUCAUUUUUUUUUAAAUAAUGAGAUUCCUUCAUGUCUUUUAAUCUUAAAUCUCAAUAAAUCACUAAAUCUCCGCCAUAGAUGACACCACAUGUAUAUUUGGCCUUUUUAGGUUUUUAAGUUCACAUAAAUUUUAUUAUGGCGUCCCUGUAAAAAACGAGAAUAAUACUUCAAUCUUAAGGUUGGAAAGGGGACGUCCAUUAAUUACGUCAACAGAGUAGGAGGGAGGGGGUUUGGAUAUGUUUGUCAGUUGUUGACAAGUUGGAGGGAGAUGGAUUUAGAUUAGUUGACAUCAACAAUCAUGUUUUUCCAUUAAAAUUUUUAUCUUAAAUGGUUCCUACAUUAUUUUAAACAAUAUAAUGAGUGUAAAUAGUGAAACAUAUUUUUAGGCUUUUAACAAUAUAAGAGUUAUUUAAUGUGCGUCUGUGCACUGCAGAUGGCUGGUCAGAAUGUUAGCCCAAUUGGUUACUGCAAGAGAAGUCAAAAGGUGACAUCUCUUCACCUGUCAUUUUUCUCUUAAUCCGCUGAAAAAAACACCAACUCAUCGGUGUUCAAUAACAACUAUACCAAGUCAAAGACAGAGAGAGAGGUUUUGGCAACUAUUGCUCACACAGAAAAUGUAUUUAUAAAUUUAUUUAUAUUAUAGUUCAUUUUUUUGUUGACAUAAUUAAAUAGGGAGCUCAUCGAAAGUUUGAACGUUGUUUAAAAAAAGGGGAGGGGGAGGAAAUUGCAGAAAAAUUGCUGACGUAAUAAAUGGAUGACCCGAAAGAGAUAAUACACAACUGAAUGUACUCGCUUAAGCUCCUGACUGAUCUGUAUGCAAGAAUAUGCCCCCGAACUUUCAUGUGUGUGUUAAUUGUUGGUGGAGUAGCGAAGAUUAAAUGGUUUUAUUCGGGGUAUACGAACGUUUGGGAAAAAAGAGUUAGACUUAUGAUACAUGCAUUUUACUUGAUAACAUUCACGCCCACAUGUCGGUAUAUAAACGCGCAGUUUUUCAUUUUGUGUUUUCAUUUUCAUUUAUUUUGACAUUUAAAAGAUAUCCACUUUGAAAUUAUGCAUUUUCUAGCCUUUUAACAAAAUUAAAGUGAUGGAGAUUUCUGUAGAUAAAAGAAGAAAAUAUAAAGGUUGUGCCUAAAUUUUAUAACAGUGACAAAAACUUAAUAAACUUAAAAUUUUGCCGCCCUUUCUUCUUUUUAAAUUAUGAAAUAAUCCCCAUCCCCCCCCCCCCGGUCCUUAUUUUCUUUUUAAGUAAAGUUUUUAUUAUUAAAUUUUGACAUUUUAACAAAAUGGAUUUGGGGAUCUUAGCUUUACAUGCCAUAGCAAAAUUGAUUAAAAAUAAAUUGAAACAGCUGAAUCAAACUGUAAUCAUUCGUGUCAAGUGAAAGAAAAGGCUUUUCGCUCGAGUUCAUGACGUUUUGGAUGCACGAUAUCGUAGCUAUUCUAUUACUUCUCUACACCGCGACGAAAGAAAGUUCUUGUCGGUGAACUAUGAAAUCCUCAUACACUCCUUAAGUCUUUGUUAAUGUGUUUGCAUACGAACAGCUUGGAAAAGGGAAAGUAGGGCUCAAUACCGACUCUGCUUGACAUUGAUUUGAGUCCGUGGGAAAGCAGUUGAAAUGUUUAAAUGUCAUCGAAUGAUGCAUUCUGUAUUAAUAAUGGCAUGGCGCAUGAUACAUGUUGGUCUUAGAUAGGAUGACCUAAAUAGUCCAUAAAUUUGUGUGUGUUGAGGUUUUAUGACCAAUCCACACAGCAAACUAAUAAAGAGAUACAUAAAAACAACAUGUCAACUCCAAACACUUCAGUAUAUCUGCAAUUAGUUUGAACUUGUUCAACACUCGGCUCAAAGGCAGCGAACAUAAUCUCUGCAAGGGUUCUCUUGACAUGCCUUUUAAAAGCCUUAGUCAAAGUAAACAUCCCCAAGGCUUUUGGCAACUUACGUUAAGCUUUAACACCAUCAAUAAGGCAAUGUCACGUUAUUUUUGACACCAUCAAUAAGGCAAUGUCACGUUAUGUUUGACACCAUCAAUAAGGCAAUGUCACGUUAUGUUUGACACCAUCAAUAAGGCAAUGUCACGUCAUGUACUCACGCCAAAAAUCUAUUUUAUUAAAAGUAUUCGAUAUUUUUUAAUAAAAAUCUUCAAAAACGACAAAAAAUAUUUAAAAAGAAUAAUUUAAAAGAAGCGGAAACCGAUAUUUUAAGACAAGAGCACACCUUUGACUUUCGACGAUGUGUUACAGACGAGAGCACACCGUUGACUUUGGACUAUGUGUUAAAGACGAGAGCACACCGUUGACUUUCGACGAUGUGUUAAGACGAGAGCACACCUUUGACUUUCGACGAUGUGUUACAGACGAGAGCACACCGUUGACUUUGGACGAUGUGUUAAAGACGAGAGCACACCGUUGACUUUGGACGAUGUGUUAAAGACGAGAGCACACCGUUGACUUUCGACGAUGUGUUAAAGACGAGAGCACACCGUUGACUUUGGACGAUGUGUUAAAGACGAGAGCACACCGUUGACUUUCGACGAUGUGUUAAAGACGAGAGCACACCUUUGACUUUGGACUAUGUGUUAAGACGAGAGCACACCUUUGACUUUUGACGAUGUGUUACAGACGAGAGCACACCGUUGACUUUGGACUAUGUGUUAAGACGAGAGCACACCUUUGACUUUUGACGAUGUGUUACAGACGAGAGCACACCUUUGACUUUGGACUAUGUGUUAAGACGAGAGCACACCUUUGACUUUGGACUAUGUGUUAAGACGAGAGCACACCUUUGACUUUGGACUAUGUGUUAAGACGAGAGCACACCUUUGACUUUGACGAUGUGUUAAGACGAGAGCACACCCUUGACUUUUGACGAUGUGCUAAGAUGAGAGCAUACCUUUGACUUUCGACGAUAUGUUAAGACUAUAGAUUCCUACUAUAGAUUUCGCAUCUUACCAAAUCACUACGCUGAAUGGUCCAUCCAUGCUUAUAGCUUACUAUAUAUUUACUCGUUGAGGCAAAUUUUAAAUAGAAAACACAAUGCACUGCUUUUACAAGAUAUGAUGUCAUACAUUUUUACACACUAUUUUUUUAAACAUUAAGUUUUCCACACCAUUUAGAACAUUUUUUUUUCUUUUAAAUUGGUGACUAGAAUGAUUAAUUUUGGAACUGGGUUAGAGGGUUAUUUUAGUCCUAAAGAAAAUAAUGGAAACUCGCCCAAGAUCCCCCCCCCCCUUUUCCUCCUAAAUAAAUAUUUAUGUAAAAAAACAAAAGAAACAUAGAAGAACCCCCUAAACGUGCUUUCCUGCAGGACUCGAGCCAUGUUAGAGGAAUCAAUGGCGAUGAGACUUUUAAAACUUCGUUGUCUGUUAUUCAAGUCUCUCUGUUUUGUUACAUUUACCGAACCUGUUUUUUCCAAGAAAUCCUAGAUCAGACAAUAAACUUAAGAUUUUCUCACCUUUAGUUACGUAUUUUACUUUACUUAUUUUCACGAAACCAAAUACAACAAAAACUCAACUAUUUUGUUUAAGGGUAAGUUGUUUAAGGGAACAUCGCUUUAGUACAAUAAUUAAAUAAGUUCAUAAAAAUCCAUCAAACAAAUCUCAAUUCCAAUGCUUUUUAAUAAUCCAUUGCAACAUAUAGUUAUGACUUUGAUCAAAUUGAUAGAUGAAUAUUUCAGGCUGUGAUGUUCAAAGUCUGCCUCGCUCGAUGAUAUUAUUAGUUUUAAACUGAAGUUUCCUGCCUAGGUUUUUUUUUCUGUGUGACUUAAAACUUUCAAACCCAAACCAUUUUUUAAAAUAAAUUUUAUAUGUCGUUUGUCUGUUCCAUUUCAGGUGAUAAAGAAAUCCAAAUCCAAGUCAAACGAUUUAGGUCUGCACCACAAUAAUUUAUUUUCAAUGGAUCUUUGCAAAAAAGUGAAAAAAAUUAAAAGAUAUCUUCUCAUUAUAAGUGGCAUUUGUGUCAUCUUCUUGCUCAUCGUUGACAAGACCCCAUUUGUAUUCAGCGUCCAUCCUGUUAAAGAAGAUGACGUUCCAGGUAAUGACGACUCCUUCCCCUACCGUCAAUUUUGUAUCCAUCCACAGCUGGACGUCAACGACUCCGUCAUGUUAAACUUUAUUGUCAUGUACUCACGCGAAAAUUGUGAAUUUAAGGAAAACUGGGUCUUUAUCCAAAACGGCACCCUCCAGUUUUCUGAAACUGUAUUGAAGAAUUAUUCUCAUUUUACUUGUGAUUAUUACCCGAUAGAAAGGAUCGGGGAUUACAAUGUCACGUGGGGUGACCCAACUUUAAACAUACCAUCUGGCUUUCAAAUAACGUCUGAUUCCUUCAGAAUUAGAUGUCGGGUCAGCGGAGUUGACUCUUACGAUGGUCUGCAUUCAGGUGUUGCUUAUACACGGGAAAGAGCCGAGAGGGUGGAGGCGCCUCUGGAAAAGGGUUUCCAGGGUCUCAGCAUCGCAAUUUUGGGUUACGAUUCCAUGUCCAGGAUGUCGUGGCUGAGACGUCUGCCAAAGACAAGGAAGUACUUCCACGACGAGCUAGGUGCCAUAGAACUGGAGUCACACAAUAUCGUGGGGGAUGGAACCACGGCUGUGCUGUUUCCAAUGUUGACUGGAAAAUUUGAGUGGGAGUUACCCGAAUCCAGGUGAGUAGAUUUGGUAGAUUCCAAGUGAGUAAAUUUGGUAGAUUCCAAGUGAGUAAAUUUGGUAGAUUCCAAGUGAGUAAAUUUUAUAGAUUCCAAGUGAGUAAAUUUUAUAGUUUCCAAGUGAGUAAAUUUGGUAGAUUCCAAGUGAGUAAAUUUGAUAGAUUCCAAGUGAGUAAAUUUGAUAGAUUCCAAGUGAGUAAAUUUGAUAGAUUCCAAGUGAGUAAAUUUUAUAGAUUCCAAGUGAGUAAAUUUUAUAGAUUCCAAGUGAGUAAAUUUUAUAGAUUCCAAGUGAGUAAAUUUGGUAGAUUCCAAGUGAGUAAAUUUGGUAGAUUCCAAGUGAGUAAAUUUGAUAGAUUCCAAGUGAGUAAAUUUUAUAGAUUCCAAGUGAGUAAAUUUUAUAGAUUCCAAGUGAGUAAAUUUUAUAGAUUCCAAGUGAGUAAAUUUGGUAGAUUCCAAGUGAGUAAAUUUGGUAGAUUCCAAGUGAGUAAAUUUGGUAGAUUCCAAGUGAGUAAAUUUGGUAGAUUCCAAGUGAGUAAAUUUGAUAGAUUCCAAGUGAGUAAAUUUGAUAGAUUCCAAGUGAGUAAAUUUUAUAGAUUCCAAGUGAGUAAAUUUUAUAGAUUCCAAGUGAGUAAAUUUGGUAGAUUCCAAGUGAGUAAAUUUGGUAGAUUCCAAGUGAGUAAAUUUGGUAGAUUCCAAGUGAGUAAAUUUGGUAGAUUCCAAGUGAGUAAAUUUGAUAGAUUCCAAGUGAGUAAAUUUGAUAGAUUCCAAGUGAGUAAAUUUUAUAGAUUCCAAGUGAGUAAAUUUUAUAGAUUCCAAGUGAGUAAAUUUGGUAGAUUCCAAGUGAGUAAAUUUUAUAGAUUCCAAGUGAGUAAAUUUUAUAGAUUCCAAGUGAGUAAAUUUGGUAGAUUCCAAGUGAGUAAAUUUGGUAGAUUCCAAGUGAGUAAAUUUGAUAGAUUCCAAGUGAGUAAAUUUGGUAGAUUCCAAGUGAGUAAAUUUGAUAGAUUCCAAGUGAGUAAAUUUGGUAGAUUCCAAGUGAGUAAAUUUGGUAGAUUCCAAGUGAGUAAAUUUGGUAGAUUCCAAAUGAGUAAAUUUGGUAGAUUGCAGGUGAGAAUCAGUUGAAGAAGAAUUUUUUUUUUAAAUUACUAAAUUAUUUUUUGGACCUAGUAUGACAACUGUAACCAUAAUUAAGUUAUGCCUGAAGUGAUGAUGGUGAAAAUAAGAGACUCUGUUGGUGGAUGAUAAGAUUGAGUAGACCUGCAAAUUGGAGUGUGGGGAAUUGUGAAUGAGAUCUUUUAAUGACUUUGAGUACUUUCUUACGAAGUCACAACUUCUCUGAGAUUGAUAUGACAGCUGACUCUGGACAUUUUUUAAAAUCUAUUUAAGGUUUCAAUUACUGUUCUUAAUUUUGUAUCCCAUUUCAAAUAUUAUGUUACAUAUAAUGCGAAAAGAACAAGUAUUUAAAUGGCUGCCAUCAGAGACUAUAUGCACAUACAAUGUGCAUAUUCUGAAGUGAAAAAAAAAUGCGAUAAAAUCACUUUAAACCUCAUCAUGAUGGUAUCUGUUUAGUUUGUGUUUAAGUGAACACAAGAAAUUUAGGCUUUAUGAUUUUUCCCAUACGAAAAUACUCAAAACGCAAAGACCCCAAAAGAUGAAUACGCGACAAUGGAAAAACGGAAUAUUAUCCUCGCGUAAAAUUCCUCAAAUGUUUUAGACGAUAAUUGUAUUUUUUUUUAAAAUUAUUAAUUUUUUAAAACACAAGCUUUUGUCAUAUUUAUUAUUCAUUGUCAAGGUAGCCCGGGACUAUCCAUAAAAGGGAGGGGCUGAAUACUAAAUAACAGUAGAUGAAAUCAGAAGAAUUUGACAUUAAACGGCUCUCAAUCUUGUUGCGUAGGCAAAUGCACAGAGUAGACUUCAUUUGAUGUAUUUCAAAGCAAAACAGUAAUAAUAAUAAUAAUAAAAAAAAUUAAAUUAAAUUACAGUUUUCGAAAUCCUGGUGGUCCUGAUAGGCAUAAAGUCAGAUACUACCCGCGGGCUAAAUUAAGUUAAAGUAAUAGGCCUACUCAAACUUGUAAUAUCACGAUUUAUAAAAAUAAAAUUUAUUUCAUUGAAGACUGGCCCGCCAAUACAUUUUCAUUGAAUGUUUAAUUCCUGGAAAAAAUUUGGGGAGUAUUUGAAGAAUCAUCAAUGUGGGGAAUUUUCUUCGUGCGGAAUAAUCCGUGUUCUCAUUGUACACAAUCUUCUUGUGGGGAUUUUUCUUAUGUGGAACAAUCCGUUCGCAUAAAUGUAUUUCAAGUGUAAAAAGCUUCUUUUACAAAUCUUUUUGUGCCAAAGAAAACAAAGCCAAUAACACAAUAUUAGUUGUUGUUUUUUUAUUUUAUUUUCUUCUUAUAUUAUUAUUGCUACUCUAUUAUUAUUUCUUUUUUUUUUUUAAAUUGAUGUUUUCUUUUUUUUGCCACAUGGUGUAUACGCAAACAAGUUUAAUCUUGAGUGAAGCUCUACCUGUCCUUGUCCAUACUUAAGGUUUCUACUUGUAUGUGAACAAAUACAACGAGUUAAAAAAUUCUUAAAUCAUAAAACUGGAUACCAUCUUUUCUUCUACUCCCCAGUCUUCGGAUGCGGCUUUUCAAAAAAAAAUAUACGGAUAAUUUUUCUUCAUAAAUGUCUCAUUAUAACAAUUAAAAAUCAAUCAUUUUUAUAUCCCUUAUAUUAACUUCGCUUUUGUUUGUGGUUGGCUGGCUGGCUAACUAGCUGGCUGGCUGGCUAACAGCUGGGUGGCAAAAUGUUCGUAAGGCUAAUUUACCCACAUCCCGUCAAGCGAUGAUACAUUCUAUCAAAUUUUCAGCCCCAACCCCCAUUUGUCUGUCGUUUUUUAAGGGGAAGAUGAAGUAAGUAUGAUGAUACUAAUUUCAUGUAAUAAAAUUCCCGAUAAUUGCGCUAAAUGAAAUUCUUUUUAAAAAUACAUCUAUAUCGCAAGUGCGUUAUUGCGUGUUAUUUUGAUUUGUUUUCUGAAAUGGUGAAAAAAAUCUGCGGAAUAAGAGCGGGUGGGUCCUUAGAAUAUGAAUAUAAGGGGGGGGGAGAGGGGGGUGAGCACUAAUUUGGAUUCUUAUCAAGUGCGGUAUUUGUAGGCAUGUUUUCUCAAAUUUUCAGCCCCACCCCCCCACCCCACAUUGUUUGAUGUUACACAGGAUUGAAGCGAAAAACUUUGUUUUUAGGGUAUGUUUAAUUGCGUAGUGAAUUGAAGUAAAUAUUAAAAUGUGAAUUGUGGCAAUGGGUAAAACUUGAAAUUGUGUUUGGUCAGACUUUGAGUGAAUGAUGGAAUGAGAGGGCGUGUGUGCAUGAGAGAGGGAGAGAGAGAGAGAGAGAGAGAGAGAGAGAGAGAGAGAGAGAGAGAGAGAGGGGAGGAGAGAGAGAGCAUAUGCGCGCGUGUGCGUUUUGAAAAGGGGAAGGGAUUUACAUGAUUUUAAUUUUACUUUUCCAUUCUUUCAUUACACUUCGGUAAAUUAUCCUAUUUUGCUUACCUUUUAUUGGUGUUCAAACUUAUUAGCUUGCGAGUUCUUUAAAAACUAGUCUUGAACAGUAAAAGUUGACCAGACCUUAGACACAAUUGUACUAUCAAUGUUUAAUAUCCCCAAUAAUGUUGAGUAGGAUGGACUCACAGAGACAAGGCCAAUAAUUAUUUAUACCGACAUUACCGCCCCUCAAUUUGUGCCGGGAUGAAGUGAGUGAAGGUUGCAGGCAGUGUAAAGGUCAACUAGUACGAUCAUUACUGUUUAAUCGAUACACUUGGCGUCACAUGACUACCGGUAGCGUGGAUUCUUGUUACGUGUUACAGCAUAGUUACUGAAAACUGCUUUCUAUUUUGGAUACGGCCCCGGGAACUACGCGCUAAGGAAAAAAAAAAGCGCAAAGUGAAAGCCCGGAUACGUGCGCGCAAACCCAAGUCCUUUUAUGCGGGCUUUUUAACCUCACCGGCUUUUUUUUUUACACACCCAAAUCUUGAUCUCUUUGUACGAAUGAAGUUAUACUUUCUGGCAACGAAACAAACAUUUCAUUCAAUAGGUGGCCUAGUCGCCUCAAACAAAGGAAUGUUACAAACCAAAUGCUUUUAAUGCAAUUUUUUAAGAGGAGUAUAAUCAAGAGAAUUGGACAGCUGUAAAAGACGCUAUGUGGCCACUUGAGUGACAAUAAUAUGUGUGUGGUUUGGGGGGGGGGGCAUUCGUGCGAAACGAAUCUGACAUUAUUUUGUUAGAAUAGCUGACGUAACAGAAUCCAACAAAAUAUGUGUAUGUGGUUAGCUUCAGAUUCUGUGUCAACACCAUAUAAAAGACAUGAAUUAUGAAUGUUCUUAAUGAAAUAAUCAGAAAAGACUUACAAUAAACUGAUUAUGUAUUGUGUGUUUGUAUGUCCUUCCACCCACUACUGUCAAAUAAUAAAAAGAAAUUAUCACUUUACUUUAUUUUAAAAAGUCGUCUUGUCAUCGGUAUCAUUGCAUCUCACCAUAAUGUCAUGACAUCCAGAUAUAUUCAUCUCACCAUAAUGUCAUGACAUCCAUAUAUAUUCAUCUCACCAUAAGUUCAUGACAUCCAGAUAUAUUCAUCUCACCAUAAGUUCAUGACAUCCAGAUAUAUUCAUCUCACCAUAAGUUCAUGAUAUCCAGAUAUAUUCAUCUCACCAUAUUGUCAUGACAUCCAGAUAUAUUCAUCUCACCAUAAGUUCAUGACAUCCAGAUAUAUUCAUCUCACCAUUGUGUCAUGACAUCAAGAUUUAUUCAUCUCACCAUAAUGUCAUGACAUCCAGAUAUAUUCAUCUCACCAUAAUGUCAUGACAUCCAUAUAUAUUCAUCUCACCAUAAGUUCAUGACAUCCAGAUAUAUUCAUCUCACCAUAAGUUCAUGAUAUCCAGAUAUAUUCAUCUCACCAUAUUGUCAUGACAUCCAGAUAUAUUCAUCUCACCAUAAUGUCAUGACAUCCAGAUAUAUUCAUCUCACCAUUGUGUCAUGACAUCAAGAUUUAUUCAUCUCACCAUAAGGUCAUGACAUCCAGACAUAUUCAUCUCACCAUAAUUUCAUGAAAACCAGAUAUUUUCAUCUCGCCUCUCUUUUUGCCUGGUUUAUGAACGUUUGAAGAUUCAUAAAUGUUGGAUACAACAUCUUGGAAACACAGUUUGAACAAAGUUUCAGUUUUUGUUUGUUCGCUGAAGAAGGCAUUUUGCAACAAAUUCUGUUUGACAAAAGUAAUGAGAUCUCAGUGACAAUAUUCUCCCCUUCAAAGCCAUGCCACAACUUAUGGUCAACUUCACCACUAAACUCAUCUCAUAAUAUACACUUAGCAGAUCGGCUAGUUUCUUUAGGGCAGCGACUUCCCCAUUCCCAAUGGAUUACAGUGGUAAUGAAACUCUCAACAGUGGCUAGAACUGAUGAAUGUAACUUACAGAUGAACUAUGGUCCAAUUAUAGCAGAUCUCAGGGAUACAAAACUUAAGAGCUUUUUGAUAAAAAAUACCUGUAGAAUGUAAAGAUGUAUAUUGUAUUGCGGCUGUUUGUAGAAAAAUUUCUUUAAGCCAGGCUUAAAUAAGAAAUUUUAAAAACAAUUCCGAAUAGUUGGAACACGAAAACACUUAACUAUUUUGGAAUUCGUACACCUUUAACUAUUAUUGAACACCUCCACCCUUAACUAAUGUGGAACACGUACAACCUUAACUAUUGUGGAACUCCUCCAAUAUUAACUAUUGUGGAACACCUCCACCCUUAACUAUUGUGGAACACCUCCAAUCUUAACUAUUGUGAAACACCUCCAACAUUAUCUAUUGUGGAACAUUGCAACCCUUAACUAUUGUGGAACACCUCCACCCUAAACUGUUAUGGAACUUGUCCAACUGUAACUGUUGUGGAACACCUUCACUUUUAACUAUUGUGGAACACGUACAGCCUAAACUAUUGUUGAACACUUACACCCUUAACUGUUGUGGAACACUUAAUGCCUUAACUAUUGUGGAAAACCUCAACUCUUUUUUAUUGUGGAACACACCCACCUUUAACUAUUGUGGAACACGUACACCCUUAACUAUUGUGGAACACGUCCACCCUUAACUAUUGGGGAACAUGUACACCUUUGACUAUUGAGGAACACAUACACCCUUAACUAAUGUGGAACACGAACAACCUUAAUUAUUGUUGCACACUAACAUCCUUUUCUAUUGUGGAACACCUCCACCAAUAACUAUUGUGGAACAACGCUACCCUUAGCUAUUGUGGAACACAUCCCCAUUUUAAUAUUUUGGAACACCUCCACUCUUAACUAUUGUGGAACACUUAAAUCCUUAACUAUUGUGGAACACUUACACCCUUAACUAUUAUGGAACACCUCCACCCUAAACUGUUAUGGAACACGUCCAUUUUUGACUGUUGUGGAGCACGUUCAACCUUUAAAUUUUGUGGAAUCUACCAAAUUUACUCACUUGGAAUCUACCAAAUUUACUCACUUGGAAUCUAUAAAAUUUACUCACUUGGAAUCUAUAAAAUUUACUCACUUGGAAUCUAUCAAAUUUACUCACUUGGAAUCUAUCAAUUAAUCUUUUGUUAGAAGAAUUUGAUAAAAAGACGUACUCUUUCUGAAGAAGAAGAAAUUCAGUUUAAACUAAUUGAGGAUCCAUUUUCUUUUAAUCCCGAGGACAUACGAGUUCAAUUGCAGCUGGACCUUAUCAAACAAAAAUGUACGGGAAUUUACAGAAGCAAGCACAGACAGAGCAGCCUGCAGGAGUUUUAUAAAAAUCUGGACCGUGAGAAGUACCAAAUCUUUACGAAGUUGCAGUACAAACUUUUAGUGUGUUUGGAACAACUAAUCUAAGACUUGUGAACGUGUUUAGCAAUACUUAAGUGCUCCACAAUAGAUAAAGGUGGACGUGUUCAACAAUAAGUAAGAGUGGAGGUUUCCACAAUAGUUAUGGGUAGACGUGUUCCACAAUAGUUAAAGGUGUACGUGUUCCACAAUAGUUAAGGGUGUACGUGUUUCACAAUAGUAAAGGGUGGAGGUGUUCCAUAAUAUUUAAGGGUGUAUGUGUUCCACAAUAGUUAAUAUUGGAGGUGUUCAGUAAUAUUUAAUGGUGUACUGAUUCCACAAUAGUUAAGGCAGCACCUGGUCCACAAUAAUAAGUGUGGACGUCUUCCUCUAUAGUUUAGGGUGUGCAUGUUCCCCAGUAGUUAAGUGUGGACGUGCACCACAUUAGUUAAGGGUGUACGUGUCCCCCAAUAGUUAAGGGUGUACGUGUUCCACAAUAGUUAAAGGUGGUCGUGUUCCACAACAAAAAAGAGUAAAGGUUUUCCACAAUAGUUAAGGUUGUACGUGUUCCACAAUAGUUAAGGUGUAUGUGUACCACAAUAGCUAAGGUGUUCGUGUCUCACAAUAGAUUCGGGUGGCCGUGUUCCACAAUAGUUAAGGGUGGACGUGUUCCACAAUAGUUACGGUUGGACAUGCUCCACAAUAGUUAAGGGUGGAGGUGUUCCACAAUAGUUAAGGGUGGAGGUGUUUCACAAAAGUUAAGGGAAGAGGUUUCCAGAAUAGUUAAGGGUGGAGGUGUUCCUCAAUAGUUAAGCGUGGAGGUAUUCCACAAAAUUUAAAGGUUGAACGUGCUCCACAACAGUCAAAAAUGGACGUGUUCCAUAACAGUUUAGGGUGGAGGUGUUCCAUAAUAGUUAAGGGUGUAAGUGUUCCACAAUAGUUAAGGAUUUUAUUCCACAAAAUUUAAAGGUUGAACGUGCUCCACAACAGUCAAAAAUGGACGUGUUCCAUAACAGUUUAGGGUGGAGGUGUUCCAUAAUAGUUAAGGGUGUAAGUGUUCCACAAUAGUUAAGGAUUUAAGUGUUCCACAAUAGUUAAGAGUGGAGGUGUUCCAAAAUAUUAAAAUGGGGAUGUGUUCCACAAUAGCUAAGGGUAGCGUUGUUCCACAAUAGUUAUUGGUGGAGGUGUUCCACAAUAGAAAAGGAUGUUAGUGUGCAACAAUAAUUAAGGUUGUUCGUGUUCCACAUUAGUUAAGGGUGUAUGUGUUCCUCAAUAGUCAAAGGUGUACAUGUUCCCCAAUAGUUAAGGGUGGACGUGUUCCACAAUAGUUAAGGGUGUACGUGUUCCACAAUAGUUAAAGGUGGGUGUGUUCCACAAUAAAAAAGAGUUGAGGUUUUCCACAAUAGUUAAGGCAUUAAGUGUUCCACAACAGUUAAGGGUGUAAGUGUUCAACAAUAGUUUAGGCUGUACGUGUUCCACAAUAGUUAAAAGUGAAGGUGUUCCACAACAGUUACAGUUGGACAAGUUCCAUAACAGUUUAGGGUGGAGGUGUUCCACAAUAGUUAAGGGUUGCAAUGUUCCACAAUAGAUAAUGUUGGAGGUGUUUCACAAUAGUUAAGAUUGGAGGUGUUCCACAAUAGUUAAGGGUGGAGGUGUUCCACAAUAGUUAAUAUUGGAGGAGUUCCACAAUAGUUAAGGUUGUACGUGUUCCACAUUAGUUAAGGGUGGAGGUGUUCCACAAUAGUUAAGGGUUGCAAUGUUCCACAAUAGAUAAUGUUGGAGGUGUUUCACAAUAGUUAAGAUUGGAGGUGUUCCACAAUAGUUAAGGGUGGAGGUGUUCCACAAUAGUUAAUAUUGGAGGAGUUCCACAAUAGUUAAGGUUGUACGUGUUCCACAUUAGUUAAGGGUGGAGGUGUUCAAUAAUAGUUAAAGGUGUACGAAUUCCAAAAUAGUUAAGUGUUUUCGUGUUCCAACUAUUCGGAAUUGUUUUUAAAAUUUCUUAUUUAAGCCUGGCUUAAAGAAAUUUUUCUACAAACAGCCGCAAUACAAUAUACAUCUUUACAUUCUACAGGUAUUUUUUAUCAAAAAGCUCUUAAGUUUUGUAUCCCUGAGAUCUGCUAUAAUUGGACCAUAGUUCAUCUGUAAGUUACAUUCAUCAGUUCUAGCCACUGUUGAGAGUUUCAUUACCACUGUAAUCCAUUGGGAAUGGGGAAGUCGCUGCCCUAAAGAAACUAGCCGAUCUGCUAAGUGUAUAUUAUGAGAUGAGUUUAGUGGUGAAGUUGACCAUAAGUUGUGGCAUGGCUUUGAAGGGGAGAAUAUUGUCACUGAGAUCUCAUUACUUUUGUCAAACAGAAUUUGUUGCAAAAUUCUGCUAAGUGUAUAUUAUGAGAUGAGUUUAGUGGUGAAGUUGACCAUAAGUUGUGGCAUGGCUUUGAAGGGGAGAAUAUUGUCACUGAGAUCUCAUUACUUUUGUCAAACAGAAUUUGUUGCAAAACGCAAAAUUUGACAAUUCAUGUCACUUAUCAUGACAUAAAUAGCAUUAUUUGCAACAUUUAAAAGCCCUUUUAAAGUUACUUUAUGUAGGACUGACACAAACCCAUACUUUAUGUUCCUACAUUUUAAAAAAAGAAGACAAAAAAAAUUAUUUUGUGCUGCUGUUAGCUAGAUCUAUUUGACAGAAUUUGAGAAUUAAAUGUGCUGAAAAAAUACACAGGAAAAAAUGUUACUCAAUUAAAAAUCUAUUUAAUGCAGUCAAAAUAUAAUAAUAAUAAUUUAAACAUAUAUUAAUAAUUUUAUUUUAAAAAUUGUUGCUAAACAUUCCUUCACAACUGAAUAUUAAGAUACCAAACUAUGUGUUAAAGCUGCACUUUGAUAAAAGACAAUUUAAAAAAUUUGCUUCGAGAUAAAAAAUAAUAAAAAAAGAAACCAAGUGAGAAAAUCUGAAUUAAAAAUUCCAGACGCAAGUGAAGUAGCUACUCGUCUUGACGUAGUUUGGCAUUUCUCUCUUUGUCUUUAACUCUUAUCUUGAGGUCGCAUUUAUUGAUCUGAUAAAAUCCAUUCGAAAGGAGGUCGCAAGUGAAUAAACAAAUGUAAGUGUUCCACAAUAGUUUAGUGGAAACUUCAUGUGAGAGAUGGAAAUAUCGUAAACAAUAUUAGGGGUUACUUGAUUUUUUUCAAAAAUGAAUAUGAUUGUAAAUAGUUAAAGUGUCAUUUAGAGGGAAUGGGAGUCAAUUCUUUAAAAAAUAAUGAACGCCGUUCACAAUGAGUUGAUGAACGACUGCAGCCCUGAUUGUAAAAAAAGAAAACCAGUUUAAAACCAGAUUCUCAAAUUGAUAACUGGUUUUCAGAAAAACCGGUAUUAACAUCACCAGUUGGGAGGAUCAGACGGAAAUGUAAUGAUGUAAUAAAGGAAGAAUAAAUAUUUGUGUUGGGUUGUUAGAUUCAAAAGAACAUGAAAUAUUUGUUUAUUGGUCAUUACGUAGUUAUGCUUUUAAGGUUCUUAAGCAAAUAAUGUUUGUUUUCUCUUUACGGCAGAAUAGCGAGAGUUUGCCAAUAAUCUCUAUCGAUACAUCAGCUUCAAAUUUAAUUUAUCAUUUCACUGGCCAAUUAUAUUGUUCAAAAUGGGUGAUAUCUGUGUUAAAGCUUUAACUAACGAAAAUAUGAUCGGGCUACUAAUAAAUAAGAUUUGAAGUCUGGUUCAUAAAAGAAUUUGGUAAACAAAGUAAUCAAGAUUUUUAAAAAGUAGCAGCAUUCAUCAUUGAGCGGCAAUGAGAGCACACUUACCACUAAUGUAUGGGAGUACAGUUACAACUAUAGUUACGAGAGUAAAGUUACAACUAAAGGUAUGAAAGUACAGUUACAACUAAAGGUAUGGGAGUACAAUUACAGCUAAAGGUAUGAAAGUACAGUUACAACUAAAGGUAUGAAAAAACAGUUACAACUAAAGGUAUGAAAGUACAGUUACAACUAAAGGUAUGGGAGUACAAUUACAGCUAAAGGUAUGAAAGUACAGUUACAACUAAAGGUAUGAAAAAACAGUUACAACUAAAGGUAUGAAAGUACAGUUACAACUAAAGGUAUGGGAGUACAAUUACAACUCAAGAUAUGAAAAAACAGUUACAACUAAAGGUAUGAAAGUACAGUUACAACUAAAGGUAUGGGAGUACAAUUACGACUAAAGGUAUGGGGGUACAGUUACAACUAAAGGUAUGAAAAAACAGUUACAACUAAAGGUAUGAAAGUACAGUUACAACUAAAGGUAUGGGAGUACAAUUACAACUCAAGAUAUGAAAAAACAGUUACAACUAAAGGUAUGAAAGUACAGUUACAACUAAAGGUAUGGGAGUACAAUUACGACUAAAGGUAUGGGGGUACAGUUACAACUAAAGGUAUGAAAAAACAGUUACAACUAAAGGUAUGAAAGUACAGUUACAACUAAAGGUAUGGGAGUACAAUUACAACUCAAGAUAUGAAAAAACAGUUACAACUAAAGGUAUGAAAGUACAGUUACAACUAAAGGUAUGGGAGUACAAUUACGACUAAAGGUAUGGGGGUACAGUUACAACUAAAGGUAUGAAAGUACAGUUACAACUAAAUGUAUAAAAGUACAGUUACAGCUAAUGUAUGAGAGAUCAGUAGCGCCAAAGUUUGAUGUACUGUCUGAAUCAUUUAUAUUCAAAGGAAUAUAAAAAAUAAAUUCUUCCGUUUUUAACAACAGCACGUGCUAUAAUUUUGAAGGAUAAAUUAUUUAACAGUUUCCUUGCAAUGUCAAACCCGGUUUUUGCACUAUUAUAUGUUAACUUUUCUAUUUAGCCUGCCCUAUAUUUCCUUUUGAAUGAUGCGUGUUGGACAUGCUGGAUGUCAAAAUGCGGUGUUCCUUUAAUAUUGAGAAAAGACCAAAUGCUUUCAGUUUAAUUCAGCUUAUUGUAAGAUCCUCCAUUUUCCACUUUAUCAUCACUGUAAUAAAUAAUUUUAAAAAUACAGUUUAACUCUAUUCACUUACAAAACCCUUAUUAAUUGGGCUCUAUUUACCCCAUAAAUCACUAACACACACAUUCUGGUGAAGGUCUGAGAUUACUCUCUUAUGAACCCAGCUAGUAAAUUGGCUAGCAACUCCAUCUGUUGAGCUGAGCAAUACAACAUUUUCCUCACAAAGGGUCCUCCAACCGCCCUGGCUUUCCCGGGAGAUCUAGUGAGGGACUGUUACGCACUGGCUUCUAAUAUAAGAAAUUAAUCUCCUAUUUUGAUUGUAAUUGGCUCGUUGUAAGCAGUGCCUAACAGAGGACAAUCCAUAGAGUCAACAAUAUUAAAGAUACGACACCCAAAGCAGUUUCUAGUUACAAUUAAUAAGAUUUAUUAAGUCUUAAGAUAAUUACAAAAGAAAAGAAAAUAUAAUUACAAUCUUCAACUUACAGUAUGGUAGAUCUUGUACCGGUACACAGUUAACACAGAAUAAUGUGCCAAUCAAUAAUGAUUAAAUGUGAAAUAAACACAUAUGAGCACACAAUACACAAAGAAUAAUACACGCCUCGUAAAGUUAAUAAUAUCUAUCUGAAUCCGUCUCUCCACCCGUGCCUGUCAAUCCCUUAUAUAGGUCGCGUAAGCCCUGCCUUCCAGAAAAGACUUAUGACGUGUUGUUUACAUUUCUCGGGUUAUCGAGCACAUUUGAGAAAAUACCAGGAAGUCAGUCUAACAUUUUUAAUUGGUAAACACGGUUGUAAACAAGAUACAUCAAACGAAUAGGCCACGCCCACAACAGACGUUACUGUCUGCUAGGAUUCUAAUUUAGGUCAAGUAAAAUUCAAGCACGGGGAAUGUAUGCUACAUAACAGGGACAUUCAGUUAACAGGGGCUCCAGAGUCUCCGGGUCCAGGCUGCAGAGCCGGCAGGUAGGAUCGUUGUUGUUAACCAGCUGCCAGAAGUAUGUGCCAAUGGCAUCUGCGUCACUAAGCUCUGAUGUCUGCGGCCUAACCCCCGACAUGGGUCUUGUUUGCUAGGAGUGGGCAAGUUUGAAAAUAUUCCUCUGGCGGUCGAGUUGUCUGCCCACUGCCUGUACCACUUUGUCCUGAAGUUGUCCGCCAGCCAGUAUUUAAUUCCCAAGUAAGUUAUUGGUACUUCUGGCUGAGGCUGGGCAGCCCCGGUUUUCACCAGAAUGUCUGCUCUCUCAUUGCCACUGAUGUUGACAUGCCCGGGUAUAAACUGUAUAGCCAUCUUGCCCCCUAUUUCAUCGAUUAAUUAAUGAUGACGUCGACCAAGUUUAUGGUACCCUGUCUCUUUCCCAAGAUCUCGAGAGCAGAUCUUGAGUCCGAGUGGACGACUACAUCAAGCCCCGCAUGCUCCGUCCCUUUCAAUGUUUCAUGUACUCUCUCUAAGUCCCUGUGCAUAGCCAUAAGCUCCACAUCAAAAUUUGAUGCUGCAGUCCCACAGGGUCCCGAGAGCUCUUCUGUUGGCCGUCCUCCUGCUGGGUACAGUACGCACCAUACCCAGCAGUUCUUUCUCUCAAGUUGGCAGAGCCGUCCGUGAACACUUUCACGGGUAUGUGUGCAAACACAUCCAUGGUCUCAAGGGCAGCCACUUUCUGAACAUGUUUAGGGCUACGUUUCGUCACUACUGCAUCGGUCAAGGCCAAAUGUAUGUAAGGACGUGAGGGUUCCGCGUAUGGCGGAUCAAGUGGAAUUAGGGUAAGUCUUUCUCUAUUAUGGGGCAGCUUGACUGUCCUUUCAAGCUCCUCGACCUGGUGCAUGAAUGAGGACCUCUUUAGUCGGCUGUCCGCCACCCAGUUAUUCUGCAUUUGAAAGGCUGGUUCCUUUUCGUCCAGCCGUUGGUACCUCUCUACGGUACUUAAUAUUGCCUUUUCCCUCCUAAUUUGUAGCGGUUCAACAUUGGUCAAGACCUCUACAGCAGCUGUUGGUGGGGUCCUGAAUGCACCACAGAUGAAUCUCAGAGCCUGAUUCUGGAUUCGGCCCAACUUUUCCAAUGCGGUCUUACUUGCAAAGGAUUGGACUGGCAUGCUGUAGUCCAUCACCGACCUAAACCACUAAUAAAGGUAAAUACUCAAAAGGGCUGAGAUUCAAUCUCUUAGAGCCCUGUACAUGAUUUCUACGGCGCGCUUCAUCUGCUGAGCGCUUCCGUAAAGGAGAUCAUUAAGGCAGGCCUCCGGAUUCCUACCGUCGGCCCCCGUCCCACUGUCCGGACACGUGACAACCAAGUGGGCUACUGUCUCCUCUUCGAGUCCUCAAAAACGGCAUAAAAGUUCCCUUCUGUUAUCGAGUCGGUGGAGGUAACCAGUUCUCAUCUGUGUGAUAAGGCUUUGUUCUCCACGACUAAGCUCCCACCAUGGGUCGCUUUUGCUCGGUCGCUGAAAUUCCCGGUAAAACUGUCGUCCAGUAGUGGCCGUGUCCCAAUUUCCAAGCCAUUUUCUCCUGAAAUGGUCUUUCAACCAGGCAGUGACUCCGAGCUGAGUCAUGGGUUUGUCUGGUUGAGGUAGGGCUGCGCCUUCUUGGGCUAAGAAAUCGGCCCUGUCGGGAAGCGACGCCUCUAAGCGCGAAGUGAUAAGCUGGAAGACUACCUUAGGGCCAUGUGCAUGGAUGGAGCCUACUGUCUCCAAAAUGGCAGUGAUCUUAGUCGAGCCCACCGAUCUCUCCCCCAUGUGUUCGAGAGCAGAACGAGAGUCGGUGAAGACCACAACGUCCGGGAAGGACUUUCGUUUAGCUAGCCGUUGGUUCAACCUCUUGAGAGCUACCAGUAUCGCCUCAAUUUCCGCAUCGAGGCUCGUUGCAUUCCUACCGCAUGGGCCUGAUAGCUCCUCGGGUGGGGCUAUCUCUGCGGGAUACUGGAUGAGGACACCAUAGCCGCUACCCUUUUCCUCCGUGAAACAUGAGCCGUCUGUAAAGACUUUAACCAGGCUAUUCGGGUAGGCUUCAAUCGUGCGUUGUACAGCCUCUGAUGGGUCUGAUUGAGGACUGCUUUCGCUGGCUUUGGCGUCAACCAUUUCCAGUCGAAUGUCUGGCAGGGGAAGACUUUUGUGUGGCCCCCGUGCGGGGAUCACUUUCACUUUUUCCCUGUUUCUGGGCAGAGUAACGUCUUUUUCAAGACUGUGCACCAUGUCCAUGAAGGAUGGUCGCUUCAAUCUGGACUUUUUCUCCCAUUCGUCUUGCAAUUUGAAACAGGGAUCUUUCCUGUCCAUGCGGCGGUAACGCUCUACCGUCGCAAGGACUGCCUUCUCCCGUCUGACCUCGAGCGGUUCGACAUUUGAAAUGAUCUCCACCGCCGCCGUGGGUGUGGUCCGUAUUGCCCUGCACACAAACCUUAGAGCACGGUUUUGGAUGCGGUCUAGUUCCUCUAAAGCCGUAUGGCUUGCGAAGGCUAGGACGGGCAAACUGUAGUCCAUUGUUCCUCUCACACUGCUAAGGUAGAGCGACCUCAACAGACUUGCAUCUGCACCCCAUUUGGUACAAGCCAGCUUUUUCACCAAGCCCAGUUUUUGUGAAGCCUUGGCGCAUAGUUCGUGUACGUGGUGAUGAAGUCGGAGUUUCUGAUCCAACUUGAUCCCCAGGUAAACUGGAGUCCUGUCUCAUACCAAAUCUUUCCCGUUUAUGGAGAGUUUAAUAUCGGCCUCAAGCACCUUUCUUCCGUUUGUGAACUUAGAGUAAACCGUCUUCUCAGUGUUCACAACCAUUUUCCACCGUCUCGCAUAGUCCUCGAUGCUAUGGAGAUCGUUUUGCAGCCGGUUCUGCAAGUGGUUGAUGUUUGGCCCUGAAGUCCAGAUUACUAAAUCAUCAGCGAACAUGGCAUUAUCGGACACUAAGUCCUCUUGCAAGUCAUAGACAUAGGCCAAGAACAAGGUGCAGCUGAGGGCAGAUCCCUGGGGGAGUCCGUCCUCUAGAGCAAGCCGCUUCGAUAGACUAUUGCCAACCCGUGUGACAAUAUACCUGUCCUUGAGAAAGUCCGUCACCCACCCGGACAUGUUUCCAGUGAUUCCCAAUUUCUGGAAUUUGUACAUGAGGCCUACGCGCCACACGCGGUCAUAUGCUUGCUUGAGGUCAAAGAAAAUUGCCAACGAAUGAUUUUUCUUCUGGAGUUCAUUGGUCAUGGACUGAACAAGACGGAUCACCUGGUCCAUGGGCUGCCUACCCUUACGGAAGCCACCUUGCGUCGGUGGUAGGUGCUUUUUACUCUCCAAAAACCAGUAAAGUCGUCCAUUUACCAUUCGCUCGGCCAUUUUACCCACACAGGACGUUAGCGAAAUUGGCCUGUAGCUACUUGGUAAAUGGCCUGGUUUUCCCUCCUUUGGUACGAGGACCACUAUGGCCUGCUUCCACACUUUCGGUAAAAUACCUGUAGUCCAAGUUCGGUUAAUGAGAGCCAGCAGAAGUUCUCUCCCCAGUUUACCCAGGUGGGCUAACAUUUCAUUGUGAACUUUGUCUGGGCCUGGUGCUUUCGCCGGCGAGCACUUUUUGAGCGCGUUUUGCAAUUCUUCCAUUGUGAAUGGAACUGUGAAUAUCUCAGGGUGGGGUCCAGUACGCUGGAUACGAGCUCCCCUUUUCUUCAGAUGGCGAAUUUCCUUAUGCUCUGGGGUCUCUUUUGACACUUUGGACUCGUUGUUCACUGCGGCAAAGUGAACAUUCAGCACAUUGGCUCUUUCCUUGUCGCUCGCCACGACACCUUUGUCCGAUAGUAAUGGUUGCGGGUUUUUGGCCUUACCCGCACCAGAGAGACUUCCGAGCAGAUUCCACACCUUCCCACCGUCUAGAAGAUUGAGUUUUUCACACGUUACUAACAACACCCCCGUAAUUAUUGUGCUUUGUUAACCCACAAACUCCUUAAUUAAUGAGCUAUAUUUACUUACAAACCUGCUAAGUAUUGCGCUCAAUUUAAACUCAAACUCCUGCGAUAUUGUGCUCAACCUCUUAAUUGAUUUGCAUUAUUUUACUGCUAAUCAGUUAAAUUAACAUUGACAGUCAAUGGCAUGUAAGAAAAAAAUAUAAUCUGUAAUCAGUCAAAAGAAUGUUUAAAACGCAGCAAUAAUUAAAGCUACUUUAGUUUAGUUCUGCAUGAUGAAAUCAUUACAAAUUUUUGUAGAAUGCAUUUGAAAAAUUAUAUUGUAUCAAUCCACUGCCAUGAGUUCUGAUAAAAAUAUGUGGAACAAUUACAGAGCAUGACGAGGGAUCCUUUAAUCUUGACGCUUGACACUCAAGAGUAACACGUGGGCAUCAUGAGAUCAAAGGCAAGAAACACAGGAUAAUACAAGGAAAGUUUUAAGAGGCCGAUGGACUACUAGGGAGCCAUUGGACACACGUGACUAUAUCUUAUAUUUUUAGUGAACCAAUGACCCCACGGGGACUCCUAUUUCAAUAGGCCAGUGGCCACAUAGUGACUAUUUCAAUGGGCAAAUGUCCACACGGUGACUAUUUUAAUAGAAAAAGUUUGACAGCACAUCUAACUUGCUAUUAUUAAACUUGUCUUGUAUGGCGUUUUUUUACAAUGCCCUUGCGGGACGCAUGAAGUACGGCAUUGAAUUGUAAAUAUGGCUGUGUUUGGGGCAUAUAUCGUAAUGAAUGUAUCAUUUACCUGUCACACAGUCGACAUGUUAUGGCAUUCACACAAGCAAUGAGAAUACGCCUUUUAAUCUUUAAAAAAUAAAAAAAAUUUAAUAGUAAUAUGGAUUUCUGUUAUUUGUGGUGAAUGUUUACAAUUUACCAGUCCAGGAUUGGGUCCAAAUUUCCUGUUGAUUGUUAGAACCAUUGGACUAGGCUAUCGAUUACUUCAUGUGCACAAUACUAAGGCUUAAGCAGCAAAUAGCUAAUGAACUGAAUAGAAUAUGCAUGCGUGCUGGCACGAGCAUUGUCUGCGAUUUAACAAUAUAUAAAUACAAGUUUAGAAAGGUGGGCGAUACUGGGCAGAUUUAAAUUGGUCAUCAUUUAGCCCUAAACUAUUCUGAUCAAGUGCGGCCAUUUUGAGAGUUAGAACAAACGAACAAAAAGAUGAAAUUUGUUUCUACAAACACAAAUGUGGUAUUAUCAAUUUGAGCUACAUAAUUGGGAAAAAUGAUAAGCGUUUCAAAAUUAAUUUACUAAUAUAUUCAAAUACUUUUUAUUUUUUCCUUAUACAUUCUUCAUCAUUAUAACUUAUUAGAGGACUUUUAUUGAUAAUGUUUGUUUUUCCUUUUCAAUUUUAAAGUUAUUGUUAAAAAAAAUGUUAAAUUAGAUUUUUUUUUUUAAAAAAAGCUUUUAUAUCGCAGAAAAAGUCAUAUAAAUUUAGAAGACCCCAGGAUAUUUUAGAAACGUCAAGUCAUAGUUAAUAAACAGUAAACUUACCUUACUAUUUACCUAAAAAAACGCGACUAAAAAAUAUUUAAAAAUUCAUUCGAGGUCUACUGGUUACAGAUAAUUUUAAAAAGUGGACGCAGCCAAGGGGCCAGACAAAUUAAAUGGUCGGCUCGUUAAACUAUGCUCAGAGCAACCCUCCUACAUUUUUUGUCACAUAUUUAAUAAAUCUUAUGUAACUCACACAAUACCAACAAUUUGGAAAACUUCAGAAAUCAUACCAAUUCAAAGAAAAAUAAGAUAACGUGCAACAACGACUUACGACCUGUUCCACUUACCUCUAUUGUAAUGAAAUGUUUUGAGAAACUUAUUCUGAGACAAAUUUUGAAUGAAGUACAGCAAAAACUUGACCCUCACAAAUUUGAUUUACAAACCUGCAAGAAUGCAAUCUUACUAUUGUUGGAGAGACUUUACCAUCACCUAGACAGUCCUAAAAAUAUACCAGAGUGCUUUUCUUAGACUUCUUUCUCAUCAGAGUUAACACUAUCCAACCACACUGUUACUCACAGGCUUCUAUUGUGAGAAAUUAAUCUCCUAUUGUAAUUGUAUGGCUCGUUCAAACAGUUCCUAACAAAGGACGAUACCAUAGAGAAAUACAAUAACAAAACACGACACCGAAAACAGCACCUAUUACAAUUAAUAACAUUUAAUUUAGUAAUAAUACAAUUAUAAAACAAAAUAAAUAUAAUUACAAAUCAUCAGCUUACAGAGUAUUGUAGAUCUUAUACCGGUACUCAGUUAGUACAAUGUGCCAAUUAAUAAUGUACAAUGACGAAAUGCGAAUAAACACAUAUAUAAGAACACAAAGAAUAAUACACGUCUCGUAAAGUUAAAAAAUAUCUAUCUGAAUCUGUCCCUCUCUGGGUCUGUCAAUCCCUUUUAUAUGUGGCUCUACUGACGCGUCCAGAAGCACUCUUACUUUUCUCAUACAAUCGAGAACGUUCCAUAAGAUACUAGUAGACAUACUAACCAUGUUUAAUUGGAAGUCGGUGGUAAACACGAUACAUCAAACGAAUAAGCCACGCCCAUCUAUGAACUUAGCGUGUGCUAGUGGUCAAGCAAAGCUCACGCACGGGGAAAAAGUGUCAUACAUAACAACACCUUAUGAUAAAGAAACUUUCCUCGUUAACUAUAAAUUUAAAUAUUCAACCUUGGAUACUAAACUUUUUUUAAAAAGUGACCACAAUAUGACAAUGUAAAUAACCAAUCAUCUCUAACAAGAAAAAUAAGCAUCAGGGCACCACAAGGCUGGGUUUUCUCUCCUGUACUGCAUACAAUAUAUACCUAUGUUAUUCAAAGCUCAAGCGACACCAUUCCAAUCUAAAAAAUUUCUGAUGAUACCACCACCGUUGGCUUAAUAUCUGAAGGAGUAGGCUUACACCGCAUUUUAGUUACAAGCUUUAUUAAUUAGUGCGAUGAAAAUUUCUCCACCUGAAUGUCUGAAAAACAAAGGAAAUGGUUGUUGAUUUCAGGAGCUGAAAACACCAGAUUACAGAUCUCAACAUAAAAAAAAAUCAAAGUGUAGAGAAAGUAGAGGCAUAUAAGUACUUAUGUGUCACCAUUAAUAAUAAGCUAACAUGGCAUGAGCACGGUUAAAUGCUGUACAAGAAAUUCAACCAAAGACUGUUCUACCUCAAAAAACUGUACAAUUUCGGCGUAAACAAACAAGUCGUUAACUUAUUCUACAGUGCAACAAUUGGAAGCCUGCUUAAUUUCAGUAUUGCCUCUUGGUGUGGGAAUUCAACGUCUGAUAUUAAACACUGCAUAAACCGACUAAUCAAGAAAGCUAGGACUAUAACACAAACUAAACAUCCUUCACUUGAAGAACUAUUUGAAGAAAGAUGUUAUUGUAAAACUAAACACAUUUUUGAUGAUACAUCCCACCCGCUUCAUCACAGAUACUUAGGAUCGGCCCUUUCGGGGCGAAUUCUUUCCGUCAGGGUGAGGGCUGAAAGAUAUUUUUUUUUUAAAUUUUGUUCCCCAUCUGUACGAAUUUACCAGCGUGCUCCCCCUGAAGUCAAAAAUCUUAAUGAGAACUAAUAAGUCCCUGAUAUGGUUAAGACACAUGUGUCAAACUCAAGGCCCGCGGGUCACAUUCGGCCCACCGUGCAAUAAUAUCAGGUCCGCGUGAUGUUCCCAAUGCACACUUUGCUGAAAAACUUAGCUUACUUCACGACGCGUUCACAUGCCGCUUAAGUGACUUUGAAGCACAGAAAUGUAAUUUCGAAUUGUUACGUAACCCAUAUGUCAUAGACGUGGAAACUGUACCUGUAAAUUUGCAGGUGGAGCUAAUGAGGCUUCAGUGUUAUGGUACUCUAAAGUCAAAGAAUGACAUGUUGGGCCUGCAUAGUUCACUCGUUUCAUUCCAGAAGAGAUUCCCCAGCUUCGUCUAAAUGCGGCUCGAACCUUGGGCAUGUUGGGUAGCACAUAUAUGUGUAAGCAGCUGUUUUCUGUGAUGAAGAUUAACAAAACAUCACACAGUAGUCGUCUCACAGAUGAAUACUUGCAGUCCAUCAUGAGAAUCUCAAUGACACAGAACGGUACUCCCAACAUAAACGAAUUUACUUGUUUUUGUAGCCAAGAAAAUGUGCCAAACAUCCAGCUUUGUCGAAUUGCCAUAAGAACGACAAUGGGAAUGCCAAUGAUUUUUAAUGAUUAAAAAUGUGUCUGUUUUCAUUUAAAUAAAUGUUGUUGUUUUUUGUAAAGACUAAUUUUUCGCUGUUCGGCUCUCAACCUUACAUGUGAUUUGAGUUUUUGGCCCGCCGAGCGAUUGAGUUUGACACCCCGGGCUAAGAAAACUCACUGAGUGGCUGGUUUUGUUGUUUGUUUUUUUUUUAUCGUUUUUUUGUUUGUUUGUUUGUUGUUUUUUUAACUAGUAAAUUAGUUUAUUUUAAAUGUCUUGUGUUCAAAUUGUUAUAUUUCUGAGCUGAAAAUGUACCAUGGAAUCAUAAAACAUUUCCAUUUUGUUUGGAUCAAUAAAAGAAUCGUAUCUUAUCUAAUCUUAAACGCUUCAACUUAAAAAGAAAAAUCUACAGCUGAUCUUUAGGCACCUGUAAAAUUGAUAUCCGCUCCAAAUAGCCCGAAUUAACCCAAAAUAAGUGAAAUAAAGAGAUACUGGCAUUUUGUAUUUCAAAUAGUACGAUUCGAAUAAUUUUGUGGGAAUAUUGAAAGAUAAAAUUUCUAACUAAGAUGAUAUUAUCUAUCGAACCUGGGGUCCUAAAACUUUUUUAAUCAAGGGGCCGGCUCACAGUCCCCCAGUUGUAGUUACAAAAAGGUAAAUACAGUAAACUGCUUAAAAUGAAGAACAGCUUUUAAAUCCACAUACAGUAUUUCCUUUGUCCCAGGAACUAGAUAUUUUCUGUGAUUUCUUUAUAAGCAAAGUUGCUGGCAUUCGCGCUGAGCUUGAUCGUUUUGAUGCACCACCCCUUGAUUUUCCUCCUUUUCCUUGUCUUACUUCACAUUUCGAUAUUUUUAAACUUGUUUCAGAUCUUGAGGUGAAAAGUAUAAUUUAACAUCUAAAUCUACGUCAUGUUAUUUGGAUCCCAUCCCCACCCCCACCCCAGUUGGUUGAGUCAUUAGAUCAUUUGCUCCCAACGAUAACCCACAUAAUAAAUGAAAGCUUGUCUUCUGGCACUGUUCCCCCUCUUUGUAAAUCAGCUGUCAUCAAACCAUUGCUUAAGAAGCCUUGUCUGGAUUAAAAUAAUUUAAAAAAUUAUAGACCGGUAUCUAACUUAUCAUUUUUAUCUAAAGUUAUUGAAAAACUAGUUCAAAAACUACUUUUUGCUUAUUUAAUUGACCACUCCCAUUUCAGUUCUAAUCAGUCGGCCUAUAGACAUUUCCACAGCACAAAGACGGCCCUCUUGAGAGUGACCAAUGACCUCUUGCUCGUUAUGGACAGUGGUGAUAUCUCCAUCCUGAUCCUCUUAGACCUCAGUGCGGCCUUUGACACUGUUGAUCAUGUAACCCUUUUCAAAACCCUUGGACAUUUCUUUGGAAUUUCUGGUUCAGUUUUGGCUUGGUUUAGGUCCUACCUCUCUGAUAGAUUGCAGGUGGUCUCUGUCGAUGGCUGUCUCUCAGGCAGUGCUGAUUUGGUGUACGGAGUGCCACAGGGGUCCGUUUUUAGGCCCGGUUCUGUUCACAAUGUAUACCAGACCACGGCUCCUCUUGAUUGGGAGGCAUGCUGUUGAGAGCCAGUAAUUUGCAAAUGACACGCAGCUAUACACGCAUACCCACCCCUCUCUUGUCGAUUCCGCUGUCCAGACUUUGCGGGGGUGCAUUGAUGAUGUCAAGUCAUGGAUGACACUCAGCAAGUUAAAGCUUAAUGAUGACAAAACGGAAACAUUCCUCAUUCACAAUCACACAUCAUCCUCUACCUCAACUCUUCCCACCUCAUUUAUUUUACUAGGAAUCUUGGUUAUAUUCUUUCAAACAACUUGUCUCUCGAUAACAUAUCUCUCACAUUUGUCGUUCGGCAUACACCGCUAUCGUCAGAUCAGUUCCAUCCGCCAAUACCUCACAGUUAGCGCAACAAAAACCAUAGUCUGUGAUCUUGUUCUCUUUGUCUUGACUAUUGCAACUCUCUUCUGUCAGGUUCACCAAAACACUGCAUAGAAAAACUGCAGAAAUGCAAAACUCAGCUGCUAGGCUAGUUCUAAAGACAAAAAAAACGUGAUCACAUCACUCCACUACUCAACUUCCUUUAUUGGCUCCCUAUAAAGACACGCAUUGACUACAAGUUUUCUGUUCUCUGUCACAACUAUUUCUCGGACUCCUGCCCUUCCUAUCUAACCAAACUUCUUUCUGUCUAUUCACCCCUUCGACAGCUUCGCUCCUCCGCAGAUCCGCGUAUUCUGUCCAUUCCCAAGACACACACUAAAAUAUAUGGUGAACGAUAUUUCUCUUUCUGCGCCCCCAAACAAUGGAAUUCUUUGCCACUACACAUCCGCAAAAUACCAACCACCCAGGCCUUCAAAACUGCACUCAAAACGCAUCUCUAUAAACUAUACUACCCUGACUGAUUCCCCUCCUUUGACCGAAAAAUGAUCUUGUUGGCUGCCGUCCAUGGUUUGCCUUGUAAAAGUCCUGGGAUUCAUGCUGUUCUUUAUUUCAUAAUUGUAUUUGAUGUUAAUGUCAUGAUUAUGCCUCCUUUGAUAAUAUUUUUAUGUACAGCACGGAGAGCCCAGCCCUAGGCUGGGGUACCGCGAUAUAAAAGACCACUAAUUAUUAGUAUUAUUAUUAUUAUUUCAAUAGGACAUCCAGGGGUCACUUUUUCUUUUUAUGCUGGUGUGGCAUUUUUGGACAACGGCAGAGUUUGAAUUGUGAAAGGGGGGACGGCAAAAAUAUUUGGCCACUUAUGGCAGCUAUGCAACUAGGCAGUGUAUCUAUCGAUCGUAGAUAGAUUAAUCGAGACGUAGGGUGGUAAUCGACGGCGUCGAUGAAUCUUGAUCGGUGGAGGGGUUUUGGGGAGCUUUCUCACCAGAAAAUUGUUGAUUAUUUCAAAAUAUGGAGGUGUAUUUUAAGUAUACUUGAAUUCGAUGUUUCUGUUAUACUUUUUGAACAGGGAAGAACAUUUUUAAAGUUUUGCGGGAGGCAUUAUUUAGCCCAGUGCCAAAUAUAAACUGAAUUCACUCCGUUUGUGGCAUGACACAGGAUAAUCAUUAGGGAUUUGCUUAUAAUCAACCCCAUAGUGUACCAUUGAUCAGCGUGAUGGAAGGGGUGCAUAAUUAAAGGGGCUAAAUACAGUCAGGCAAACUCAAAAUGAAGGGGUUCAUUAUUUUGGCGUAUAUUUGAAUUUGAUGUUCCUUUCAGACAAUUUUGAGGUGGCAUUUCAAACAUCUGGGUGGUAAAUGGCAAAAUUAGCAAUAAUAAUGAACAAAGACAUUUUAAAUUCCGCACCCGCGGGACGUAAACUAAAUUCAUUCCAGGUGUGGCACCCUUGGGGGUAAGCUUUUGCCCUAGAUUAUUCUCGACCCUUAAAUCUUUAUAGUCCCCACAAAUUUUUGAUAAAUUAAAAAUACAAGAACGCAAUUUAUCAGAUAUCUGAAUAUAGUUUUGCAACAUUCUACAAUUAAUUGGAGAGCGACGGAAGAGAUCAUUACUUAAAAAUGUUGACUUAACAUUAUAACCCUAGUGUGCGCACAGCAGCUUCUACAACUGCACGGUGCCUCUGAGAUUGUAGGGGAUUCAAAAUGUGAUGAGGAUAUUUUCUUAAUUAUCAUCUUUCAGUGCAGAUUUUUUUUUGGGGGGGGGGGCAAAACGUAAAGUGAUUGACCUGCUUGUAUUAUGCACACACAAAAAUUAUAUAACUAAAAACAGUAAUGUGCCUUUAUUUAUAUUUCCCUUAUAUAGGGGGAUGGCUAUUUAUUAAUAUAUGAAUUUUAAAAAAAUAACAAUUCAAUUAGAAAAGAGUUCCAUCCCUAAAAAGCACUGCAAACAUAACUUAAUAUGCUGCACGCAAACGUAAAAAAAACAUACUACCUUUUCUAAAUAAUUUUAAAUUUUACAAUAGUCAAACAGGAAAAAAAACUGUUAAUUAGAAAUUGCUAUACAUUUGUAUGGGUUUAGAAAACUGAUCAUUUUUAUAAAUAGUAUAUGAACGGCCUCACUAAUUUAAGAAAACAUUAAUUCUUUACAUAAGCCAUUAUAUAUUCACUAAUGUGUGAUUUUAUCUAAGGGAAAUCGUAUGCAAAUAAAGUAUACAUUUCCCAAUAUUCAGUUGAUUGAAAAGUUUAUUUGGAAUUUCAAAUUACUAUAACUUUCUUCAGAUAAAUUAAAAAUUGCCUCUUCCCUAUACUUAAGAAUAUUUUAAACUAAAUAUACUGAAUCUAUUUUAAAUUGACCAUUUAGGAAUAAGAAUGUUGUAUAAAACUGGGACCAAAAAUAGGAAUUGGCAUGAUAAUCGAAAAGCUAGUUCACACAAAAAAAAAUUCUUAGCUUUCUACUGGAUUCUCAUCUAAAAUAAAAUUAAUAAUGUAUAAAAUGAGUGCUAAUAGAUGGGGAAGUUUGUUUAUUAUUAUGAUAUUAAAUUUUUUAAAGAGAAAAGCAGUUGGGACGUUAAUAAUAAUAAAUAUAGGCUAAGUAUUAUUUUUUUAAUCUGUUUUUCAGGAAACUUUGAAACAAAGGUAGCACAUUUAAAGAAAACAAAAACACUUUCCAUUUAAUAAUAAUUGAUGAAACGUGCACUAUUUGUAUGCGCCCAUUAAAUUAUAAAAUUAGAAGAAGAAAAAGCUUGAUGUCAUCUUACAAUGUAUAAUUAACACCUAUCCCUACUUUAAAAGUUCUGGUUUUACGAUGAUCUAUAAUUUGAAAACAGAUUGCACAUGUUGAAUACUUGACUAACUAUUUUUUAAAUUGUAGACCUUUAUAUGUAUGUAAAUGUAUUUUAAUAGAGUGUUAUUAAAGAGUUUAAACUUGUGAAGUUUCAAAAAAUAAAUCAAUAAAAAUAGCGAUAUAUGUGAAAAACAGGAAGUAAGACUGAAGCAGCCAGUAUGAUACUUAAAACCGAAUGCUCUAACAACGUUAGCCUUUAAUAUACGCAUCAUUAAAUAUAUCGGGCCUAGCAAUAUUUUAUUACUUCCACUAAUUGUACUCGGUUAAAGGAACCAGUUUAUAUUAUUUUUUAAAGUGUUUAAAACUGUCAUUUAGUCAUUGCUAAUAAAAAAAAAUCAUUAUAUUGAUGUACACAUUUUGCUGGGGGGGGGGGCACUUUACUUUACCCCGGAGGAGGGGAGUGCCCUACCAGAGAGAUGGCUGAAAGAAGCCCUGCACUGCUACGUUAGUGAGGAGUGACGGUACACGCGCUUGCUCAACAUUUCCAAGGUGCUAUUUAAAUCUGUACCCAAUCUUCUCCCUGUUUCACCAAUAGGACAAAACCAAAAUCUUAACCAAACAAUCACAUAGAUCUAAAUCAUAUUUUUUUUAAUAAAAAACAUUUAAUUAAAAAUUUUUUUUAAAAAAUAAAUAUUAAUUUCAUCGACCUGUUUUUAUGCGUUGUAACUAAAAAAUAAUCAGAAUAAAAAUUGGCACCGAUUUGUUAGAAUUUUUUGCAUUAUAUGUUUAUAGGAUAUAACGCCACAUUAGAAGUCCAUGUUCCCCACCGGCCUCCAGCAGCGGAUGCAUUAGCACCAAUUUUCUCCUUCAGCAGUCGGCUUGUCAUUAUCAAUUACGGAUUUUCUUUAAUUUUAUUCAGUGACAAAAUAUCUGAACUUAUUUUAUUGAUAUCAUUUUAUGUUAACUAAAGCCUGACACCUUCAAAAAACAUGAAAUAGAAAAUUAAAACACUAACAACAAAAAUUAAAAGGCAAGAAAUAGCAUGGAUAUCGUAUGAAAUAGUGCACUAGGUUGACUCAUCACAAAUACCAUGGAUAUCGUAUGAAAUAUUGUUCACGUAACAUGUUAAUAUUGUCUCGUGGCUCUGAAAGAUACAACAUGUUGCAAAAAUUAAAACUUUACUUUUCGGGAGGUCAAGAAAAUAACCUUCAUAGGUAUUGCUUGCGUACCCCAUGGCGUCUUCACUGGUUGUCAAUACUACUAUACAUCUCGCAUUAACAAAACACAACAUAUGCUCAUUAAACUGCCAAUUAAAAAUAUUUUUUUAUUGCUAUAAUAAUAUAGUUCAGGAGCAUUAAAAAUGUGCGGUUGUGGGCCUUGGGAGGGGGGGAGAGGUGCGGGAGAAAAAAAUUGGGAUUUUAUAAAGUGCGUUACUUGUAUGCAUGUUUUGGUUUUCAGCCACACCCACAUUUCUCGAUAUUACAUUUUAGAAAGGUUGUUUAAUUUAAAAUUUAAAUUUUUAACCCUACUUUAUGAUCAUUUAAUGGUACUUGCCUCUAAUUAGGUUUUGUCCCUUGGACAAAGUCUAGAUUUGCCCGAGAAACAUAUGGAAUUCCCAUGAAUCAUUUUGGUUUUUGCUAUAAUUUAUUGUUCUUCCAUAAAAAUGUUCUUGAAUGAACGUUGCAGUUAAAAACUAUCAGAAAAACCCAAUAAGGUAAAUGUAUACAUUUACACUGAUCAUGAUAAAAACUAUUUUUUACACUUGUAAAUAUUAAGUAGACCAAACUUUAACAUUUUAUUCGUUCUUCGGGUCCUUUCCAAUAUGUCUGACGUGAAUUUUAUUCUUGUGAUUCUGUCCAUCAUUUCUCUUUAUAUAGUUUAUGUUUAAAAAUACUUUUUUUUAUCCUCAGACGAAAUUUUCCAGGGGCUAUAACUCUUGACACUUUCCCGUUUCUCUGGCAUGCCAUGAAAAAAGCUGGGUACCUGACGUCAUGGGCCAAUGCCGCCCCAAACUCGGCACCCCUCAACUACAGAAUGAUGGGGUUCCUCGAGCCGCCCACGGAUUUCUACACGAGACCGUUCUAUCUGGCCCUACAGAAUCACACCGUGGCGUACCCCAAGUAUUGCAUUGGCUCACAGUCGUUCAGUCAAGUCUGGCUCAACUACUUCCGAGACAUCUUCGUCAUGUACAGAAACAAACGCAAGUUUCUUUUUCACUUCCUGGUUGACAUGAGUCAUGAUGACAAUAACCUCAUAACAAAAGUAAGUUCUGAGUGUUUGUGUUUUUGUCUGUGCUUGAAACUAAUUUCUCAGCAUCCAUGUUUCUACAUUGUUUUCACUACUAUAGAGAAUAACUUCAAAAUUGUUGAGUUUAUUUUUUUGUAUAUUCUGAUUUCUCAGCGACAUUUAAAAAACACUAACGUUGCGAUCUAUCGGAUAUACAGUGACACAUACCAAGAUUUUCUCAUAUGUUUUUAUCAAACUAGAGUCAAAUGAGUCUCUUGGAAGUUUUUUAAAACUUUAUAUUAAAUUCGCUUUUGUUCGUGCGUUUCUGGCUUGCAACAUAUUGGGACGGAUAAUUUAUCCACUUCCCGUCAUCUAAUCAAGCUGCAACUUGCCACAUACACUUGUUGACGAUGACAACACAAUUUUUCAAAUUUUUAACCCUAAUCUAACUACAAAAAUCAGUUUUACCUAUUUUCAAUAGAAAUAGAUGAAAUAAAAAUGAUGACGCUGAACUCACGAAAUAAAAUUUCCAAUAACUGCGCUAAAUUGAAGGCUUAUAAGAUAUUCUAGAAGGUCCAAUUCAGCUAUGAAUUUCAAAACAAAUACUAAACAGGCCAUGACUAUGUGAAAUUCAAUAUUAGUUGUAUUUAGGUGUCUUCUAAGCCGUGGUAUUUCUUUUAGAAGUUAAUCUUCUGACAACUCAUUUAAGGAAGGGGUUAAUUUUAGAACGGACAUCAAUAACUCUUCUUAACUUGUUGAUAAUAGAUCCUUGUGACAGCGCUUCUCGCGCAGGAACAAUCUUCAGGGGGCUUAGGUUGGUCAACACUUUAUCGUAAGUAAAGCCUUCAGUCUGCUACCUUCCUCAAGUAGAUCAGCCCAAAGGUAAAAGUAGCAGAUAAACGUGAAACCACAGUCAGCGUGUCAAAUAAUGUUUGCUGUAGGACAAUAGUUUACAAAUGUCAAGGGGCGGUGCUAGUGAUGAAGCGGCGAAAAUAUGAAUUUUUAUUUCUGGGUUUUUAUAUAUUUGGUUUCAAAAAACCUUUUUAAACAUUUAAAUUAAUUUAAAGUAGAUAUUAGAAAUGUUUGUAAAAUAUUAUUUUGUUAACUCUAUUAAUGGGUAAAAGUCUGUUGUUGUUUUUUUUUUAAUGAUUCGAUUCAUGUGCUUAUAUUCCUCGAACACAUCUUAAUUGAUAUCCCAUAAAAGCUUUAUUUCUCAGAAUUUAUAGAAAUAUAGCAUUGUGUGCUUUGUUAAUUUGCAAUUCAUUAUAUGGGGCACCUCCAUGAGAUUGUGACAACUGGUGCGGUCCGUUCACCCAAUGGCUCCAUCUCACAUAUUGUAACGAUUUUGUAUGAACAACUUUGUUUUUAGUUGUUGUUUAUUAGUUGUUUUUUAAUCUCCCGCCAAUUCAAACUACCAUUUACAAUCAUUAAGGUCUGGUGGGUGUUAAUUGUAUAGAUACCUUACGCGAUGACAUAGGGGAAACUACAAGUAUGUUGGGUUUUGAAGUCCUCUGAUUAAUGAAGGGUUUUUAUCCUAGGAGGGUCCAGUAUUUGUCAGAGUGGAAUUCAGAAAAUGUUUUUAAAUAUAUCAAUAUUGCAUGCCAUUUUUUUCUUUUAAAAAUCUGUCAAUGUAUAACGAUAUUUUUUUAAUUAUUUUUUUAAAAAUAAUUUCUUAAUAAAAGUGUUGAAUAAUUAACAAGAAGAUAAUAAGAGAAUGUUCAUCAACUUAUGUUUAUAUUACAGAUGGACGACGAUACUAGAGAUCUGAUAAAGUUUCUUAAUGAAGAAGAUUAUCUCAACAAUACACUUCUGAUUCUGAUGGGCGAUCACGGGGCAAGGUACAGCGCGGUUCGUUCGACCUGGUCAGGAAAACUGGAGGAGCGAUUGCCCUACUUUUCAUUUCUGUUUCCCAAAUGGUUUCAAGACAAAUAUCCUGAAGCUAUCAAUAACCUGCGGACGAACACCAAACGCCUGACGACACCCUUCGAUAUUAACGAGACGUUCAAAGAUUUUUUGAACUUCAAUGGCACGGGACGCGGGAGUCUUUUUAACAGGGGGAUCAGUCUAUUUAAGGAGAUCCCUCUGGAGCGAAGAUGUGAACACGCAGGCAUUGCACCCCAUUGGUGUGCAUGUCUUGCGUGGCGCAAAGUUUCAGUACACGAGACAGGAGCGAGCCACGCUUUGCAGACGACUUUGCACACCCUAAACAAGUUCACAGCGGCUUACCGAUUGUACUGUGCCUUGCUGUAUGUCGCCAACGUGACAGCUGUCACAAAACUUGAGACCAGGAAAGAGGUCCUCAAAUUCUCCAAGACCGAUGCCGACGGCGGGAUCUACAAAAUUGAUUUCGAGGACGAGCACCAGAGUGGGGUCGCUUUGUACCAGCUGACCUUUCACACGAUGCCGGGGGGUGGUCACUUCGAGGCCACCGUAACGCACGAUGUGAGCAAGAAAUCAUUCACUGUUAGUGAGAAAGAAAUAAGCCGAAUAAAUAAAUAUGGUAACGAUCCCGCAUGCAUUUUGGAUAAAAACCGACAGAUACGGCAAUAUUGCUAUUGUAAAAAGAAUUUAAUGUCUUAAUGUUACAAAAAUGUUUUAAAGUCGUUAUUGUUUGUACAAUAUGACAUAUUAUGUUAAAGAGUUUUUCAAUCACAUUCAUCUCAAAAGAAGCAUCGUAGAGAAGCCGCGGGUGCAUUGUAACAAAUUCUAUCUUUAAAGUAACCCCAUAAAACGAUAAAUUAUCGAGUACAAGCUGCCAGUAAUUUAUCAUAAAUACUUGGAAUAAGCUUUUAUUUUCAGGAUACUGUUAAUGAUAAGUAAUCGUUAUUUUUUAAAUGAUCGUGUGAAGUGCAGUGUAAAUGACGAACAUAUCGAGUAAAUCCUAAGUGAUCUUAAAAGCACCACUUGUUUUUAAAACUAUGCCAUCAAUUCCAUGAAGUAGGUUUAAACAACAAAUACAUUGAGAAGUAUGCAAUAAAAUAAGAAAUGUUUAAAGCAAAUUACAAAAUUUAUUCCUAUCUUCGGAAUUAAAAAAUAAGUCCAGUCAAAAUCAGCCUAAGUCUUGAUCAGUGAUCUCAACUUGUCUGUACAAUACCGCCAUCUCAACUUGUCUGUACAAUACACCAUGCUUUGAACAUGUAACUAAAAAGAGAACGAAAAAAAAACAUUAUCACACAAUUUAAUAGGCCACAAUGUUGUUCAACUAACACUUACUUAUGUUUAUGUAUAAAUAAAAUGAACUGUUAAAAUUGUUUAUAUAUUUAAACUUCACUAGAAUAACGGCUGCCAACAUCAUGAGACUUACGGGCUCUACAUGCACUUUGCAGGGGUUUCUGCUAAUCCCUUCCUCAUAACACAACUAAACGCCAAAUAUUCAUAAAACAUCCCAUAGAAAGUGAAAAUAAAAAGGUCCCUAGGAGUGGGGGUCAAAAUGUUUGGGAACCGCUGCACUAGAGCAUUAGCCAACAGAAUAUUCCACAUUGAAAGCUAUUGCAUUGGAAAUGUGAAUAGUGAAUACAGAAAUUUUUACAUUGGAUACUCAAUUUUAAUAAGUUGAGCUGACGUGAUAAAUAAGAGUUACUAGGUAAACUGAACAAGCUUUCUCCACAAAGAAAAAAGUUCUUGGGCUAACCUUUGUUAACAAAAAGUUGAUCAUUCCAACAUUACAUCGUAAAGAUCACAUAUUAGUUGAUUUGUCUUUGUCAUCUCAUCAGGAAC